AUGAGGGAAAAGGGCCGCAAGAAGAAGGGCCGCACCUGGGCAGAGGCCGCCCGGACGGUACGCGGGGCGGGGCCCGGGGAGGAGGAAGGGGCAGGCGGAGGGGCGGGCGGGCCAGGCCGGCAGGAGGGGCGGCCCCUCUUCCCUCCCGAGCUCCCCGCCGCACGUGUGAAGGGCUCGCCCGACACGUGUCUGCCCGCCCGCCCGCCCGCCCGGCCCUCCUGCUCCAGGCCGAGAGGAAGGGGAACCCGCCGGUCAUCCAGCCCACCCCGCUGCAACGCCGGGAUCCCCGCGUGGGCGCUUCGGAAGGAGCUGUCCGCUUCCCUGCGGUGGCAAGGGGAAAGGGAGAAUAUUUCGCCCGUGGUGUUAUGCUUAGUGAGGGCUGUGGAUCUGAUGGUUCCAGAACAUCAGGAAAUGGCUUUUUUCCCUCGCGCCCCCCCCCAAAGUAUUUUUAUUGUCAGCCCUUGCAGGUUGAGUUGAGGAGCAGUGAAGCUGCCUUCUGAGGUAGCUGCUGUGGAAUAUCUGUCAGCCCUGUCAAUUGUUAGCAAUCCCUUAACUUCGCACUGUCUUUCAUGGCACUGAGGUGAUUCUGUAUCUGAGCUAAUUUGAGCUUUUCGGAGGCGCAGUGGCAAAUUGCAAAAGUUUGCAUCUGACGGUGGUUCUUUGUAGAAAGGGCUCCUGGUGACCACAGUUUGUGUGUAAGGAAAUCUGACAGCUGAGAUGACUGUGCAUUCUGGAACCCUUUACUCAUCACAUAGUGAAAUGGACCAGCAAAAGAAAGCUGCUCCCCAAAACUUAAAAAUAUAUGUCAAAAUUACUCACUACUACUGUCUGUUUUUACGCCUCUCAUCUUUGCCUAAUUUUUGCUCUGAGUCUUGCACCUUUUUGGGCAUCUGUUCCCAUGAAUCAGGUGAAAAGGAGGUUGUCAUUAGCUGUGGGUGACAUGUAAUUCUGUGUUCCCACUCUUGGUGAUGGGGUGCCAUGAGAUGCAAUGUGGCCCCCAUUUCAAAACAGCCGUCCCUUGUGAGAUGCUCUUGAAGGCCAAGCCCACAUGUGCAGGCCUCUCUCUCCCCUUGUCUCAGUGAUAAAGCACAUAGUUUGCAUGGAAAAGGUCCCAGAAUUAAAUGCUUGGCAUAUCCUAGCAGGGCUGGGAAAUGCUCCUGCCUGGAACCACAGAGAAUUGCUAUCAGUCAGUACUGACUUAUAUGGACCGGUAGUCCAACUAAAUAGAAAAAAGAUUUCUAUGUUCCUUUCCAAGCUGUCAGAACUGUAGUUUGCCUCCAUCCUCACUUCUUUCCUCUUCCUAGAACUUCAGUCUUAAUGGUGGAACAGCCUGUUCAACCAAAAGCUACUUGCUACUCCGGAAAGCUCUGCUUAUGGUAAACAUGCAUGAUGACUACAGCCUCUUAAGCUUCUAAGAGAGCCCAUCCUGUCUGGAGUUGAAGACUCCAAAGCUCACUGAGGAGUGAGCUCUCAGACUAACUUGCAUUAAUCCCUGCUGUGUUUGGAACAGUAUUUAGCUAGAUGCAAGCAAAGACUUAAUAACAGCUUUCAGGUACCAGUUAACAAGAUAGUUCUCCAGCAGGCACCAAAAUAUCUCACGCUGUUUCUGGGCAGGACUGUUCUUAAUGUCAUCAGUUUUUAAAAUUCAGGGUAACCAGAAGAAAGAACUAAUUAACUAAAAAUGUUAAGUGAGCAGACUCUUUGUCUAUCAGUGAAAUGCCCAUCUUUUCCAGCACCUUCAUCUCAGUAAACAAAAACACAAGCAUCCAUAGUUCUGUUUUAUAAAAACCAGGUCCAGGCAACAUGCAGGAUGUUUCUGUCACCUGGGCGGGUCAGGGUGCAUCGCAGUGCAAAUUAGUUCCUGGAAUUGACAAACCUCUGUUCCCAGAAGGUUCAUUAUGGAUGUUUUAAUAGUUCUGGAGGUCUGCUUGUGCACCUGAGUCAUUCUGGAAUUCAGUGUCAUUAGUAGUAGAAAACAGAAAGGAAAAAUGGUUCACUAAGUUGUUGGUAUGUACUGUUGUCAAUUGAAUCAUCUGUAGAAAAUCACAGCCCACAUAAUAAAACUGUUCCCGUGACUUUUAUAUAUAUAUAUAGAAAAGUAGGGGAGAAUGUAAUAGAGGUGUGUAAAAUGAUGCAUGAUGUGGAUUGAGAGUAGUUCUUAUCUCUCAAAGUGCCAGAAUCCUGGUCAUGCAAUGAAGCUGAAUGAUGAGUGAUUCAGGAUGGACAAAAGGAAGCACUGCUUGACUCAGAGUGUAAUUAAACAGUGAGAGUCACUAAUGCAAGGUGUGUUGGUAGUGACCACAAUCUUAAUGGCUUAAAAAGGGUCUUGGACAAAUUCAUGGCUAUUAGUCAAGAUGGCUCUAUCCUACCUCCAGAAUCAGAUGCAUCUCAGUCAUAGAGAAUCACAGCAGGAGAGGGCUUCUCAUCUGGUUGGCCACUGGCAGCAGAGUCAGAAUAGAAUGCUGGACUAAAUAGGCCAUCGGUUUCAUCUGGUAGGCCUGUUACUUGGGUCUCAUGAGGGGCAAAUCCUUUUAUUUUUACUUACAUAUAGUGAAAAGGAGGGCAUACAUUUUUAAAAUAUGUCUCAAAGCGGCUUACAUUUUUUAAAAGCAUAAUAAUUUUAUUAUUUCUAUACCCCACCCAUCUGGCUGGGUUGCCCACAUUUAAAAACAUACAAUAUACAGUGUUUAAAAUGGAUAAAAACUUAAGAGUAUAACAUUGGAACUGCACAUGGAAACCAUGGAGGGAGGAAGUUUAGACAGAUAGCUGAAGGUAACUAAAAUUUGUAUGUAUUAAAAUUUUGGAAAUUUAAGAUAAAAUAGAACUUCAUCUAUGGUGCAAAGGCUUCUUGAAAUAAAACCAUUUUAAUCUGAAAUCUGAGACUCAGCAGGGAUGUCGCCUGCCUGAUUUCUAAUGGAACUUGUUUCUGAGUAAACCUGCAGGAGCUUCUGUCUGAAGAAGUGUGCAUGCACACGAAAGCUUACUGGACAAUUUUUUAAUUUAUUUUGACUGCGUCAGACCAACAUGGCUACCUACCUGAAUGCAGAAGCUUCCGUCAUGGGAAUAGACAUCAGAGAACCAUGGCCUUAAAAGCUUCCAGUGUGAAAGCAACAACUCCCAGCCUCACCUUCCUUGUGCUGUUGUUAGGAACAAGUGGUAGGAAGGGAUGCACAAAGAGUUACUGUGAUGUAACGGACUGUCCUUAAGCUGUUGAUGCUGUGCUUAGAGUUUUAAAAAAAUGUUUUGAUGUGCAUGCGGAUUAUUUUUAAAGGUGACAAGAGCAGGCAGAUGCUGAGGGUUGUAUCUAGCGAAGUCCUUCCAUUCACUUGUGCAGGAGACGUUCCUUGCCCUGUGCACUCCCUCCAAAUGUGUUCUGCCCCCCACAACACUCUGAAACAGAUAGGGAGCGGAGGUUUCGUUGCACUAGCAGAAGUCCUUGCGCAAAUGGGAUGACUUUGUUGGAUGCAGCCCUGAAUGUCAUAAUACUGAGCCCAAUUCAAGGUGUGAGUGGUGAAAUACAAAGCCCUAAACAGCUUAGGGACCAAGUACUUAAAGGAAUGCCUCCACAAUCCCUCCUUCCCUUUGGGGUUGGGGUUGGGGCUGGCAGGGGAGGCCCUGCUCAUGUUCCCAUGGACAGGUAUGGCCUAUGGACUGGUGACUUGAGACAGGGACUUCUUUGUGGUGGCACCUUGAUUGUGGAACUCCCCCCCUCCCUGGGAAAUGCAGCUGUUUCCCAUGUUGUCAGUUUUUAGAUGUCGGCCACACUUGCUUGCCUGGGCUUUUGGGAGAUAUAUUUGCUUUAAGUCUAGCACUGUUAGCAUUGUACUUUUUGUGCUAUGCUGUUUUCAGCUUUGAUUAUUGUGUGUAAAUGGUUUGUUUUCAUUAUGUUGUACAGUACCCUGUGCUCCUUCAGGAGGAAAGGGUUGUAGUAUAUAAAUACAAUAAUAUCAAACGAAACUGGCUUUUGUGUAUGGCUGUUGUUGCUGCUGCUGCCUCUUUAUGUGGUGAUGUGUUGCCAGGCUGCCUCUUCAGCGGCUUGACAAGUUUUGCCAUAGUUUUGUAAGUUGCGCUAUUCACUGUGUUGGUUAAACAGCACUGCAGGACACCCCUCCAGGAUUAGCUUGGCUUUUUAGGUUGAUAAGCAGUGUCAGCAGAGGCAGUCUUGAAAAGUUUACUGUGGGUGGAGAAAAGUGGCAUUUAAGCUUGUGUUCCCUCACAGCUGCUGAACCCAGUCGCCUGUUCUGUCUCCUUCGCUGGAAAUGAGUUUUGGCUAGAAGACCACCAUCUCAAAUGUUGCAUCUGAUGACUUCUAGGUUUCCUCUUUUGUUGAACUCUGACUACUUCUUCAUCAUCAUCAUCGUCAUAUUUAUGUGUGUGUAUUUUCAGAUUUAAAAAGAGCAGAGCUUUUUCUCUAGUCUUUCUGUGGCAUAUAUGCUUGGGUUCUGGGAUGUUGCAGUAGAUUGGUGCGAUGAGUUCCUUGAACUGAAACCUCGAAGUGCUUCUGUGCAGACAGAGCUUUAAGCGCACAUCCAUCUUACAUUGACAGUAUCAUGACACUUGAGUGUGUGGCUUCCUUUGGGGGAAUCUGCCAUAUGUUGCAUUUUUUCACGUGGGAUAUUGUGGUGUCGCAUAGAGUGCCAGGCUAGGACUGAGGCUCUCUCCCUCCCCCGCUAAAACCUCAGAGAAUAAUAAUAUAAUAAUAUUUUAUUAUUUAUACCCUGUCCAUCUGGCUGGAUUUCCAUGCCAGAUCAUGUAGAACCACCUUCUUGAGGCAAACAUGGUGGCUUCAUUGACAGUCCUCACUCCUGGACACUUUAGACAGGUUUAGUGGGGUUGCUGCUUUUUCUUCCUUUUUAAAAAACAAAACAAACAUGUGUUCAGUAUUUCUUAUUAUGUUUGCAUAUUGCCCUUCCUCCAAAAAGAGCCCAGGGUGGUGCACAGCACAACAACAUAUCAGUCUGUUUAUAGCAAGAGAUAAAACAUCUAAAAACCAGCAGAGCGAAAAUAAACAAUACAGCACAAUACUGGAACUGCUAGGUUCAGAUUGGCUCCAUCUCCCCGAAGGCUGAUUGAACCAACAUGUUUUGUCUUCACAUCUCAGAGGGAGCAAAAUGAGGGGUAGCCUUACCUUCCCAGGAAGGGAAUUCAACCCAGUCUAGAUGUGUGUGCCUUGUGCCUCUGAACAUUUGCAGAGUUUCUUUUGCUAGCGGAAAAACCUUCAUAAGAAAAGGUAUGGGGACUAUUCUUUGCCUCUGCCCCAGCCAGCGAUCCUCGUAUGCAGUGUCCCCAAGGACCUAGAGGGGCUUGAGUGGGAUGGUAGCCCAUAGAACGUGUGGGGAAAUGCUAGCUAGCAGCCCCAUAAGCUCUGCCACUGAAGCUUCAUGCUUGGUGUGUCCAAUAGGAGAAGUUAGGCCAUGUGGGUUAACUAGGAGGGGAAAGGGGUGGGAACUCUCUGGGGCAUCACGGCUGGGGGGAAAUGGCAGAAACCUGACUUUCCCAAAUGAGAAACCCUGUUGUAUCUCAAUCCCUUCUCCGAAUGGAAGGGACCCUUCCGUUUGCAGGAGGGCAACUCUGGAUCCAACCCUUUGUGUUUGUUGUAGUGAUUUUAUGCUAAAUCUUCAUUACAUAUCUUUAGGCUCCCGGCAAAAACAUUUCUCUUCAACCAGGCAUUUGGCUGAUUAACGUUCUAUGGCCUUUUCAAUGUAUCUGAGGGAGGGGAGGGGGUUAUUGUUUUGUUUAUCUUUUAUUAUGUACUUGGUGUUUUCAUAAUUGUGUUUUUAUGUUGUGAACCGCCCUGUGAUCUUCAGAUCAAAGGCAGUAUACAAAUUUAAUAAACAACAACAACAAAUCUAAUAUGAUGAUGAAUGGUGAGAAAUUUCCUGCAUUGAUUAGAUUGGUUGGAUUAGAUGCCCUUCAAAGCCCCCUCGACUUCUAUGAGUUUAUGAUAUUAUUAUUAUUAUUUAUACCCCGCCCAUCUGGCUGAGUUUCCCCAGCCACUCUGGGCGGCUCCCAAUUGAGUGUUAAAAACAAUACAGCAUUAAAUAUUAAAAACUUCCCUAAAUAAAUAACACUCUCUUCCUGAUUGAGGAUCGAAAAGGAGAACUUGGUGGCCAAAAAUGGAAAUACAUUUUAAACUCCUCUGAUCUGAGCAAGUGUGCUUAAGCAAGUUUGCUUCCUCCCUCAUUCCUUCUUUUUCUUCUACCCCCCCCCCCUUUUUCCUUUUUGGCUGUUUCCAAGGCGAAACAGCUACUAUUAACUUUGGAGCUGGUUUUUCACACUCUGUUGACAAUACCAGUGUUCAGAUCCUUAAAUCUUCCUGCAGGCAUGGAUUUGUCACUAGGUGGCUCUUAAUUUGAUGUUGCUUUGCUGCCUCUCCUGAGCAACUCACUGGCUGCUGCUGCCGCCUCCCUUCUGCUUUCUGCAGGUUAGCUAGUUGAGUAAAAGGGAACACUGUGUGUUUGUAUUUCUGUAAAAUAAAAUAGACAGCAGGCAGAAUGCAGACGCACGUGAUCUCUAAUUACCUGGCUGCUUCUCCUUCCCUCAUGACCCCAAUUCUAAUUAAAGCCUUGAACAGCAUUUGGCUAAUUGGAUGAGUCAGAGGAGCAGUAAUCUGGGUCAAGUCCUCCUCAAACCUGUCCCUCUUUUCCCACCGCUGGCUUCCCCUGUGUUGUUUCUAGGCAGUGAUGUGCAAUUCCUGGAAAAUUUUGAAUGGUGGCCAUUUUUCCAGGGUAAUUUGCAUCAGAAAAUUUCUAUGGAAACUUCUCUGAUGCCCUGAAAAGUGAUCUAAUUUAGCAUAUCUAUUUUAUUUGCGUCUUGUAAACACUUCAAAACAUCCAAGCUUGUUUAAUACCGUAUUUGCAGUUCAUUGCUUUUAAUGCAUUUAACUAAAUGGAAGAUUUUCCAUGGGCGGGGGAGCGCUGGAAGAAAUUUCUAUCCCUUAUCACUGCUUCCAUGGAAGUGAGAGCUGGACCAUAAAGAAGGCUGAUAGCCGAAGAAUUGAUGCUUUUGAAUUAUGGUGCUGGAGGAGACUCUUGAGAGUCCCAUGGACUGCAAGAAGAUCAAACGCAUCCAUUCUGAAGGAAAUCAGCCCUGAGUGCUCACUGGAAGGACAGAUCGUGAAGCUGAGACUCCAAUACUUUGGCCACCUCAUGAGAAGAGAAGACUCCCUGGAAAAGACCCUGAUGUUGGGAAAGAUUGAGGGCACAAGGAGAAGAGGACGAGAUGGUGGGACAGUGUUCUCAAAGCUACCAGCAUGAGUCUGACCAAACUGCGGGAGGCAGUGGAAGACAGGGGGGCCUGGCGUCUCUGGUCCAGGGGGUCACAAAGAGGUGGACACGACUAAACAACAACAACAACAUCACUGCUUCCAGGUGAAAAUAACACUUCUUGUCAACGACAGUUGCUGCUAUUACAGAAUCCUUUAGAAAAGUAGGAAGAUGAGAUCCACUGCAGUUAUUAAGCCAGUUCUCACAAUUCCUUUCAGGUUCAAGACUCUCUGUGAGACACCCCUUCCCCCAGAUUAUUUGUUGGGCAAGAUGGUCUUGCUAAAGGGGCCAUACGUCAUCAUUUUCUCCAUGUCUUUUCAGCUAUGAUGCAAUGUGAAAGACUAUUGGGUUUGGAAAACCUGGGUUGAAAUCACAGCUCCAUUGUCUGCAAAAAGUGAGAGUAGUAGCCCUGUUCCGGGUUGUGAGGGAAGGAUGCUGGCAGAGUGUCCUUCUCAAGUGCUCUGUUUGUUACAGUCGAUUUAGGGCGUGUAAUUUGCAAGGCCAAUUUUGUGUGUGUUUGCACAUGUAUGUAGGUAGAAUGGCAAUUGCAGUUGGCCAUCUACUCUUACUGGCUACUCUGAAACAGGAGAAUAAGGAUAAUUCUGCAUCUAAAACAUCUCCAAUAGAUACCUGUCCUCAAAUAAGAUUUCUGAUUCCAGCUACUAAGCUUAGGCACCAUCUUUCUAAUGUUUAACCUAAACUUUGCCUUUCAAGUUUAAAAUCUGUUCUCAAGAGCUGUUCUUUCCUACAACAUUCUGAGAACACUCCAGGGACUAGAAAGCUGAAUAUGGAUUCAAAGAGCUAUUAAUCUUUUCUCUAGACCAGACGCAUUCUCAAAGGAGUCACUUUCCAGACCAUUUGCCAUCAACUUGGUUCUCCUCUGAAUCCAUCCAUUAGGCUCUGGGUGCGCUGUGAACAGUAUGUUGGCACCUGUCAGUCUCAGGAGACAGUGGGAGAAUGCGCCUUCGGAGGUGAAGUCAAACCACUGGAGAGUUACAGCAUUUACUGUGUUUGGUGAGACCAGUAUGGGAGAGACAUGUUUUAUUGUAGCUGCAGCAGAUGAGGAUGUCCAGUUUCACUGUUACAGAUGCACCAGGGUGUUUCUUCUCUCUGUGCUUCUCCCAGUGGUCAUUCCUCCUCUGGCCACUGCUGUGGAUGCACGAUCUGUCCAUCUCCAGGCACUGGGGUCGUCUGCAAGGGAUUCCCACAUGGCAGGGUUGAUGUUGCCAACCUUCAUAUCACAUUUGCAGACAUCUUUGUAAUGCAGAGUUGGGCUGCCAGUGGGUCUAGUGUCAGAGGCCAGCUCCCCAUAGAGCACGUCCUUGGGGAUCCUGCCAUCCUCCAUUCUGUAGACAUGACCAAGCCAGUGUAAACGUUGCUGAGAUGGAACAGCAAACAUGCUGAGAACGUGGGCUUGGGAGAGCACAUCUUAGUUUGACACUGUCCUGCCAUGUGAUGCCCAAAAUCUUCCUGACAACAGUGCAUAUGGAAGGCAGACUCUGCUUGUCUCGAAGAGCUGGAUGUCCCUCCCUCCCUCUAAGAAUGCCAUCAACUCUUAGGUAUGAGGGAAAGCCCCAGGAAAUGAUGGAAUACCAACGGAAGUGCUGAAAGCGAGCUUCACUCCUUCCCUCAUGACACAGCUUCAUGGCCUCCUCUUGCAGAACUGGGAACAAGGAUCCAUGCCAGAAGACAUAGGUAACUCCAGCAUUGUGACCCUCUACAACAGCAGUUCUCAACCUGUGGGUCCUCAGAUGUUGUUGGACUACAACUCCCAUCAUCCCUGAGCUCUGGCCUUGCUAUCUAGGGGUGAUGGGAGUUGUAGUUCAACAACAUCUGGGGACCCACAGGUUGAGAAAAGCUGCUGUACAAGAACAAAGGCAACUGCCAUGACUGUAACAACUACUGUGGGAUCUCCUUUCUGAGUGCCAUGGGGAAAGCCUUUGCCCAUGUAGUUCUCAACAGAUUACAGUCACUUGCUGACAGAGUCUAUCCCAACUCACAAUGCAACUUUAGAGCUCAGAGGUCAGCAGUUGACAUGAUUUUCUCACUUCUGCAGCAGAAAUGCCGAGAGCAGAGGCGCCCCUUGUACAUCGCCUUUGUAGAGCCGACAAAGGCCUUUGGCCUUGUCAGCCGACAAGGACUCUUCACACUUCUCAACAAGAUAGGAUGCCCACCUGAGCUCCACAAGAUGAUUAUGUCAUCCAGUGAGAAAAUGCACAGCACCAUCCGGUAUGAUGGCUCAUCUUCAAGACUCCUUCUCUAUAAAGACGGGUGUGAAAUGGCUGUGGUCUCGCUCCAACUCUGGCAGAUUCUCUCUCUUGCUCUCAUAUGCCUUCAGCUCAUCUGAAGACGGUGUGUACUUUCAUUCAAGGAGUGGCACCUCUCCAUGCCAAGACAAAAGUGCGGCAGGUUCUUACCCAUGAGAUGUUGUUUGCAGAUGACGCAGCCUUGACAGCGCACUCUGAGGAAGCUCUACAGAGACUCAUCUGCAAGUCUGCACAGAGUAGUUUUAAACAGUGUACUUUAUAAAUCAGAAUGGUGUCCCUCUCUGUGUGGUUCAACUUAGGGCUUCAGUAUCCUUCAAUGCAUUCUGUGAGACUUAACAAUAUUGCUGUUGCAUUGCUAUGAGCAGAGCUAGCAGUAAUAACUUAUUCUACUGCUUAUAGGACUUAGUGUGCUGUUGGUGUUUAUGCACAGAGCAUAGAAAUAGCAUUCUCUGUUCAGAGUGUGUGGACUAGGGGUUGGGAAUUGCCUGUCUCAAAAUCUAAUCUGUCUCGUGCAAGGCAGAGGCAAUAGGGUGGCAGCAGAGAGAACAGUAACUUUGGGAAGAUUGAUGUCACAGACUGACCACCGAAUCCCAGAUCUUAGAAUCAUAAAGUUGUAGAAUGGGAAGGGAAACAAAGGGCCAUCUAGUCCAGUCCCUUGCAGUGCAUGAAUCACAGCUCAAGAAUCCCUGACAGAUGGCCAUCCAGCCUUUGUUGUGAAGACCUCCAACAAAGGAAGAGUCCACAACUUUCCAAGUGAGUCUGGUCCACUGCUGAACAGCUCUUACCGUUGGAAAGUUCUUACUGAUGUUUAGUUGACAUCUUUCUGGUAACUUGAAGCCGUUGGUUCAGGUCCUCCUCUCUGGAGCAAGAGGAAGCAAGCUUUCUCCAUCUUCCAUGUGACAGCCCUUGAGAUAUUUGAAGAUGGCUCUCAUAUUGCCUCUCAGUCUCCUCUUUUCCAGCAGAGCAAGAGAGGAUUAAGCCCACCUGCUUUUCAAGCUAGCACAUCAAAUCCAUGAGGGUCACAGAUCUGCCAAUCUGUGAUGUAUCUAACUUCAGGUGGAGAAAGACACGUGGUUGUACCAAUCCAGACUGCUCUCCAAAGCAAAGAGGCAUAUCGAAAAUCUGUGACAAUUCAACUGUCAACUAGGCUUAUAGCAGGAAAUUGCUUGCUUGAAUGCUGCUCUCCAUCUCUCUUGGAUGGAGUGUGCUGGCACCUCACGUUGCUAGGGUCGCUUAAUUGUUUGUUUCUGUUGCGCAUACUAGAUGGCUUUCCUGCUUAAUCUGUUUAGUUUGAAGGCGGUAGAUGGGAAGAGGAGAAAACAGAUGUGUGUGAAACACUUGCAAGGUGUCCUAUUGAACGAAUUCCCCACUGUCUUGAUGAUAGGGGCAUAAGGAACUCUGGAAGAAUGAUAACCAUAGAGAAGAAUGAUGAGGACUUAUGGGGCAUGCAGUUUCCCCAAGAACACAUUCCUCAAAUGUCCAAACCAUGGAAUUGAAGGCAGGGCUUUUAAAAGGGUAGCAGUGUGAGUGUGUUGGCAGGUUACACAGAGGUGAAUUUGUCAGAGCGACUUCCUUGUGGUUUUGGGUAUUCAGGAAGGCGACUUCUGUCAUCCUGGUGGUGGAGUUGCAUCAUCACUAGGAUGACACAUUCCAGUCGCCUUCCUGAAUUAAUGAUGAGAGAAGAGCAGACGCUUAAGAAAUUGAAAGCAGUUAACCAAGUGCCAAGGCAGGUUGAAGAAUGAGGCUGGCUUGGAGGUACGAUUGCAGGAGGCUGAGAGCAAAGCAGUGCAGUUUUGAUAAGAUCAACAGAAGGUUUUUGAAAGACCCACCAUCAUACUUAAGCAAAUACUUCCAGUCCAGAAGUCAUUGCAUAUUUGUGGGAAAUGACUAUUUUUCUUUUUUGUUGUUGUUGCGCCUCCCAUUUCUAAACAUAUGUGUACAAUGCAACCGAUACCAUCUGAUUUUUGCAAAACAGUUCCAGACCUAUGCAGCACAACAAGAAAACAAGCUGGUAAGAGACAAGCUGUUGACCAUUGGGCGUGAAACCAAAGAUUUCAUUGACUUCACCUAGCCAUUAUUUGUUUACUUCUACCGAGGAGUCUCUUCCCAUAAAAUAUCUCAAAGCAAUUUCACAGUAAAAGCAGCUGCACAAUUUUGUAUGUAAGAAGUAUCAAAACGUCCAAAACAAAAUACAGACACUUCUAUGUGUAAACGCAACAGAACAAUAUUGUAUGUAAAACAGUUUCAGGUCUAAUACAGCCACAGAUUGGGAUAAAGAUCUCAGCUUCAAAGGCUUGUUGAGAAAGGAAAUUCUUCAGUAGGCACUGAAAAGUCAAUUUGAAUGGUGCCUGCCUGAUUUGUUGUACUGCGGAAAGCGUUCCAGAGGGCACUAAAGGCCCAGUUCAGGCACCUCAGUAGAUCAGACCUCCUGAUGUUGAGGUGGUACCUGCAGGGUGGAUGGGACAAUCUUUUAGGUAUCCUGGUCCCAAUUGGUAUAGGGCUUUGUAAGCUAGUUCCAGUAUCUUAAUCUUAGCCAAGUGGGUGAUUGCCAGCCAGUGCAAUUUUUCCAACCAUGACAUAAUACGGUGAGAAUAGUCUGCUCCAUUUUUACCUGCUGCAGGUUGUGGGCCAACCUUGUGGGCUGCACCACCCGGUGUGAGGCUCCUGCUUCCAGCGGGCAGUUUUCCUGUUGUGGGCAGAGUUCUGCAGCCUGGCUCCAGGCGUCUCCUAAAAGCCUUGCAGCAUUCAGAAAGGAAGUUCCCAGGAAGAGUUAGCGAUACCAUGGCAGAUGAGGCCAGCUGGUCAAGUCAUUUUUUGGAUCUUUGUUUGUUUGCCAUGACCGUUCGCAGUAAUGCUCUCUUGGUCGUUCUCUAUGCCAGAAGGGCUGUGCCCGCUUUAGACAGGUUCCACUUCACUUUCUGGGGCAGCUUUGUAUUUCAACACCAGUGUGACGGCAAUAGGGAGUCAAAAGAAUUGCCUGUAGGUGGCUGCACAGAGAAUUUGAGGCAGGCAAGAAAAUGGGCUGGCAGCCAGCACAGAACCAAGUGGGUCUGUCAUGGGGGCGGGGGAGAGCCCUCUCCCCUCUCUGCAUAGAAGUGCAGCCGGCUGUGUGUUAGAAGAGAGAGUGGCAAAGCCUCUGCCCCUUUGCAAGCCAAUUGGGUUCCCCCCCCCGCCGCCGCCGUGUUUACUUGUUUACAAGGCUAAUCUAGGGCACUGUUUUUAAUUGAGAAAACAGCGUGCUGAGUUGGAUAUUCUCCAUUCAGGGCAUUGCAGCAACGUUAAGCGAAGGUGCUGGCGGUCCAAGUUGGCCUCGGAUCUCAACCCCUUUAGUGGGAAGUUGCUGACACGUAGAUAUGCGUGGCGUCUGUGCAUUGGCAUCUGCCUUGCCCAUCCCUCCCCCUUGAACUCUCUCCUUGGCAUCAGCCCUGUUCCCCGAAAUUGUUUUGCAUCUAGUGGUUUUGAUCCCAUGCCCGGUGUCCUGUCCAUUCAGGACUGCUGGCAGCAGUUUCCCAUCACUCUGCAGAGUCAACACAGUGGGAAUUUGAGAAGCCUUUGUAUGCAAAGAAUGUGCUUCCUUAGUCAUCCAGGCCUUUGUGUGUGCUGCUACGGAAUGGUGUUGCGCGGUGGGUCAUGAGGUGGAAACACAGCAACGCUUUGCAAGGGGGUAGAGCAGGCAGUUGCACCCCCACAGUUCCUUUCGGCAGCUGCUCAAACUGUACUUCCGAAAACCCCCAGCUCUCUUGCUGUUGAAAGAAGCGAAGUUACCAGGCACAAGCUUUCCCUUUUAUUAGAACAUUUAUACGCAGACUCCCUUGGGAGACGUUGGACGAGAAACUAUCAUUGAGCAUGUUUCAAUAAAGUUGUUUAUGGUCUUGGUUAGAGAGGGCCUUGCAUGGGCUGACUUUGCACCCUGCAACAGGGAAGAGGCUCUGUGGCUUAUAUCUGCUACGUUCUUGGGAAACGGUGCCUCCCUGGGAGCAAUUGCCCUCCCCUUGACCAACAGAUACCAGCGCCUGGGCAGGUGGGCAAGGCUGUUCCUGCUGCCUAGUUUUUCUCUCUCGUAGGGCAGAGCUUUCCUUCCUCGUGUCAGUGGCAGUUUUGGUUGUCCUGUUAUUGGUAGCAUUGCAAAGAGCGUUCCUGUGCCCCUACCAGUCUGAUCUGGGACCACUGUGUGUCUCUAAGGAGGGUAAUGGUCAGGUCAUGAAUGUGAGAGCAAAUGAAAAGAGACAGCAUUGAUUGUCCUCUGGGCGGAUUCAGUGAUCUUGCAAACAUAGAAGAUGGAUAGGAGAAAUUGAAGGGGGUGGGGAGAGAGAGUUAAGUCUAGAGCCAGAUUAAAUUUAUGACAUGGCAGCCGGGGGGCCCUGGUUCUUUAAAAUCUCAUCCAUCAUCCCUGACAUAGCCAGAGCUUGUAUUAACUUCCUUUUUCCUUUACAAACACCCGUCCGUAAUAGUGGAUACAUAUGAUGGCAUCCACACAGGAGGGACAGCAAUUAUUCAUUAUAUAGAAGUCUGCAUCUGAAAGGCUGCAGCUGAGACUCCCAGGCAUUUCAAAGACUGCUUGCCAAGUGGCGUACAUGGGCUGCGGAAGAGGGUCUCACCCAGCUGGGCCUUCUCAGCCAGUCAUGUCACAUUUGUUGGGUAAAAUGGUUUGAUGUCUUUUGGGGAUCCCCAUCUCCAGGCUGCGAGGCGGAAUUUAGUUAGGAACUUCGUGUGUCUGUGAAGGGGUGCACCUUAUUCCCUAGAAAUAAUGGAGGGCAUGAGACCAGAGACUGUCCCAGACUCCACAGGGUAUUUCUGGUUUGCAUUUGCAGUCAUUAAGCUUCAAAAUGUACAGUUUCUGUCAGAUGGUGGUGUGGUUGCUCGAGAGCAAACAGGCAAGACUCUGACCUAUCUUUUCCAGGCUUUAUUCUUAGUGCAAAACUAUUUACAGUGAAGAGCGUCGCAAGUUCAUGUCUGGCGCAGUUGCUAGCAGAAUCUGGGAGUGGCCGGUAUUGGACCUCCCCCAGCAUAACAGUCGCUUGACCCCCAACCUUCUCCUCCCCUCCCUGUGCCGAAACCUACUGCGCAGGGUGGGCGCUGGCAAAGGGGUACUUCCCUCCCCUCCGGCUUGCUCAGGGUCGGUGUUGAGGCUCUCCCUAGCAUCCCCUGGUCCCACCACUUCCUCCCCACUGGAGGUGGGGCUUUCCUCCUCGCCAGAGGAGGAACUGCUUCACAAGACGUUCGGAGGUUCCCUAUAACACAACUGCCCUUCCACCUCUCGCAUCUGAGCUGGUGGUAGUUCCCUGACAGUUCCCUUAGUCACCCCACUGCAAUGAAUUAUUAUUUGGGCGCCAUCUCUACUGUAUUGUUGUUGUUUAGUCAUUUAGUUGUGUCCCCUUCUUCGUGACCCCCUGGACCAGAGCACACCAUGCCCUCCUGUCUUCCACUGCCUCCCGCAGUUUGGUCAAACUCAUGCUGGUAGCUUCGAGAACACUGUCCCACCAUCUCGUCCUCCGUCGUCCCCUUCUGCUUGUGCCCUCCAUCUUUCCCAACAUCUGGGUCUUUUCCAGGUAGUCUUCUCUUCUCCUGAGGUGGCCAAAGUCUUGGAGCCUCAGCUUCAGGAUCUGUCCUUCCAGUGAGCACUACUGUAUAGGCUACUCUAAUGGGGAGGCCUAAUCCAGCUGUGUAUGGCUCCCAGUUUGGUGUGUGAGGCCUCUCCCCACAAACCACAACCACCAGUCACAUCAGGGAUGGGGCAGGUAUGGACACAGCUACAAGGGAAGAGUGAGCUCCCAAUGGUUCCUUUGCCAGCUGGGCCCCCUGAUGAGUGCUGGCAGGGAGCCCCAUUGGGAUGGGCUUCCCUAGAAGCUCCCUAGAGCAGCCAAGGGCCUUGCAUUCUCCUUUCUGCAGAGGAAGAAGCAGUUUAUAGCAUCCCCCUCCCCCCGCUUCUGCAACAUCCUUUGAAGUUGGGCGGUUGAUUGAGUUGACUUGGGUAGGGGAGAUGGAAUUGGGGAUCUGGUUCACUGAGGUCCAGCUCCGAGGGCCUUUUGGCGGUUCUCUCACUGCGAGAAGCUAAGCUACAGGGAACCAGGCAGAGGGCCUUCUCGGUGGUGGCGCCCGCCCUGUGGAACCCCCUCCCACCAGAUCUCAAAGAGAUAAACAGCUACCUAACAUUUAGAAGACAUCAGGAAAGGUUUUAAUGUGUGACAUUUUAAUGUAUUUUUAAUCUUUGUUGGAAGCCGCCCAGAGUGGCUGGGGAAACCCAGCCAGAUGGGCGGGGUACAAAUAAUAAAUUACUAUUACUUUUACUAUUCCGCCACCCCUGCUGUGCAACAUGAGCAAAACAUGAACACAGGAUUUCUCUGCCCCAAGAAGCUUAGAAUUUAAAGUUGGGCCUUGUAAAGUGAGCAGAAGGAAUGAAAAGCAAAGAUCAAACGGAAUCCGUGGGGAAAUGAAACUGGUGUAAGCCCUCUCCUCUCUACUGUAAUAGAUGGUUCGUUGCAGUUGGGGGGUGGGUGGGAUACUAAGCGCAUCUUGAGGAGAAAUUUGAAUCAGGCCAGAGAGUUGAACUGGUUGUGCCAGUCGUGUAUGUAGGGUCUGAAAAGGUUCCUUGUUUCUCUGUGCUCCCUCCAGGGUCACUCAGAUUUGACCAUCUGAUGGGCCCCUCCUGCUUCUUCGUUUAUCCUGCUAACCUUGGGGUGUCCCUCAAGCUGGCAGCCUGGCCAUGUGGGAGUCCCAAUGGUUCCUACGUCUGUAUUACAAAGUUCCUGCUGCGAAGGAAGUUGCCUGAGGGUGAACAAGUUUGUUAGAAUUUCUGAUAACUCUUAUUUCACAUGCCACUUAAUAUUCAGAAUCUCUGAGCGGCGCACAUGAAAUCUUUGAAGAUACACAUACAAACCUUUGCGCCCCUGACCUGCUUUUGCGGUAUCAGUUUGGAAUGUGCUGCACCUGCAGAUGUUCCAGCUGCAAAUCCCUGUGGUGCUGCGAGUGCAGAAGGGACUCUGAUUUAUGUUUCCCUGGGGCAAGAGCAUUCUCUGUUGCUCCCCUAUCAGUGGUGUCUUGUAUGGAAAGCAACUCGACUCCCUGAAAAAUAGUAAAUGUCUGCAGGACUUUGUUUUGUUUCUUUCAAAGCUUCUGCUUCUCUGAAAGCUGGAUGCUUGCAGUUUUAACUUUGCAAAGGAUUUUUUGGGUGUUUAGUUUCAGAGGCAGAUUUGGGGGAGUGUGACACAGGGAACACCACAACUGUGAUUUAGAAUGGACCAUGAGAGAUGUGGGGGCACCAACUUCUGGCAUUGCACAGGGUGCCACUGAAAUUUGAGACUCCGAGGUCCAUCACUGUUAGCUUGCUGCAUUCUGGAGGCUUUGGUCAUUGUUUUGGGGACCCGUGGUCAUGCUGGUGAUGUGUGGUUUGGGGCAGCUUGAGCUGCUUUGCAUUAGGUGCAAACUCAGCUAAUUGGCUAUUUAAAAGAGAGAGAAAAACCUUACUGAAUGGGCACUAUUGCAUAUAGCAACAUAGUGUAAAUGCUCUGCAGCAUUUGAAUGUAUUUUUGUUGAGGAUACUUUUGUUCUGGGGGGCUUUCCCAGCGGGAUAAAUGAAUCUGCCAUGUCUAUAUAUAUUGUUGUUUUUUUAAAAAAUCUGACAUUGUGUUCUGUGUUGUUUAUAGCUGUUUUUAUUUAAUUUUGUACAUCACCUUGAGACAUGGGGGGAAGGUGAUUAAUAAAUAAUGAAGAUCAUCAUAAAUAAGAAAUUUUUGCCCUGGUUUUCUCCAUAUGUCUCAAAGCAGCUUUCAAAAAAACGUAGUAGAUAAUUUUUUAAAAAGCAUACAAGAUACAAAGUUUAAAACAUGAACAAAAACCAUUCACACAAGGACUUGUGCAGUAGAUGUUCCCUGUCCCGUGCACUCCCUCCAAAUGUGGGGAGGCCCUGCUCAUGUUCCCAUGGACAGGUAUGGCCUAUGGACUGGUGACUUGAGACAGGGACUUCUUUGUGGUGGCACCCCUCUCCCUUCCUGGGAAAUGCAGCUGUUUCCCAUAUUGUCAGUUUUUAGAUGUCGGCCACACUUGCUUGCCUGGGCUUUUGGGAGAUGCAUUUGCUUUGAGUCUAGCACUGAUGGCAUUGUGCUUUUUGUGCUAUGCUGUUCUCAGCUUUUAUUAUUGUGUGUAAAUUUUAUGUCAGCUGGCAAAUGAACCGAUCUACUUCAUUACAGUACAAAUUAACGGGUAAUUAAAACCUUGUGGCCUCCCAGGCUUCAAGCAAGACGCCACCUCAGUGUUCAUAGGGAAGAGAGUCGGGUUCUUGCUGUGCGUUGCCCAGUUCCCAUGGCUGCCAGCCAGUUGCCCUGGGUGGGGCAGAGCUCAGUCAGGCAAGGGCUGCGUCAUGCGUUGUGUUUGCCUGGAAUGCUGGCAGCAGCAGCGCUUUGCUGCAUGUGGCACCUGCCAGGCUGGAUUGGAUUUAAAUCACAAUUUACAUCACUAGUCAGUAAGACUUGAUUUACAUCACUAGCCAGUAAGACUUGAUUUAAAUCAUUUUUUUUACAGAAAGACUCAUUCUUGCAUAUUUACAACCAUAUGAAGGUUUCAUUUUUGGAAUAAUAAAUUUUCAGAGUAGUUUUUACAGUUAUAUCAAAAAUAACUGAUUUGGUUAUACUACUACAACAGCAACAACAAUUUAUUUCUACCCCGCCCAUCUGGCUGGGUUUCUCCAGCCACUCUGGACGGCUUCCAACGAAGAUUAAAAAUACAUUAAAAUGUCACACAUUAAAAACUUCCCUGAACAGGGCUGCCUUCAGAUGUCUUCUAAAUGUCAGGUAGUUGUUUAUCUCUAUGACAUCUGAUGAUAGAAAUACAUAGACAGAUAAUUAUGAAAUUAUUUUGAUGUUUAAUAAGUUAGCUGCUUAUAUUUGGACAACUUUUCUGCCGUACUUUAUUGGAAGGAGAAAAAUAAUCAUUUCCUUAAUAACAAUUUAAACCAUUUAUUUAAGUAAAACAAUAACAUUAUAGCAUAUAUAUCCAUGUUUAUUAACUGAUGUGGUUAAACGCUUUUUUUAAAAAAAAACCACACACCUUAGGCUGAGUUUUAGCACACAUGAAAAACUUAAAACUAAUAAUAAUAAUAAUAAUAAUAAUAAUAAUUUAUUAUUUGUACCCCGCCCAUCUGGCUGGGUUUCCCCAGCCACUCUGGGCGGCUUCCAUAGAAACCAAAAAUACAGUAAAAUAUCACAGAUUAAAAACUUCCCUGAACAGGGCUGCCUUAAGAUGUCUUCUGAAUCCUUAUUUCCUGAUGAAUAGCCUUUGGACUAUAAUGUAACUUAAACAGAAAACUAUAUUUAGAAAGAUUUUUCCUCCAAAAGCAUUUUAUUUUAAAAAUCCAAUUUAAUUUUUUUUAAAAUCCAAUUUAAUUUUAAAAAAACAAACUUGUGUUUUUUUAAAAAAAAACAUUGAUUUUUAUCCACCCUGGCACCUGCUCACUGACCUGACGUUUCGGGGCUCUUUAGCUCAAAUAUAGAAAAGCGAUGAAAUACCAACGAAAGAACAAUGGCAAGAAAAGUUGAUGGAAUACUCUGAAAUGGCGAAGUUAGCUGAGAGACUCAAAGAUAAGGACAACAAUGACUUCAAAAAAGAUUGGGAACCUUUUAUGAUGUAUAUACAGAAACAAUGCGUUGAAAUGAACUCACUUGCAGGAUUCGAGUAAUGCACCUAGAAUGGACAAAUAUAAAUAGAAAAUAUAAAAUUGAGGUUAAAAUGUUAAGAACAGAUUGACAAAGUACAACUUUAAUUUUAGUACACAAGGCAUAUAAAAUUAUAAGCAGAAGAAAUUACUGUAAUAUGCUAUAAACCAGAAAGGGAAGUUCGGGAAAGUGUUUUUUUUGGGGGGGGGGUUAACUGAAAAUGUAAAAUGUAAUUUGAAUUUUUGAUUAUGCUAAGACUUUGUGUAAAAUCUUAAUAAAAAUAGUUUUGUUUUUUUUAAAAAAAGAAGAAGUUUUGAGGCUUUUUAGUUAGAGAAAAGGCGAGUAAGAUGACACAUGAAUGGAGGUUAUCAAACCAUGCAUGUGCUGGAGAAAGUGGAUAGAGAAGUUAUUUCCCCUCUGUCUCUUUCUUUAAAAAAAAAAAAUAUUAAGAAGAAAUGAAGGAUCCAUAAAAGAUAGCAUCCAAAACAGUAGUAGAGAGCAGAGCAGUUAUGCAUUAUGAUAAUAAAAUAAGGCAUACAUCUUGUAGCAAGGUCUUCAGGAUAACCACAUUUCACAACAUGAGGAAGAGAAGGAAUUCAGAACCUUGCCAUCUUUCCCCUCUCUCAUAACUCCAGAAUUCGUGGCCAUCAAGUGAAGCUUCAUGUUGGAAGGUUCAGGACCGACAAAGAGGAGGGACUUCUUCAGCCAGCGCAUAAUGAAACUAUGCAGUCUGCUCCCACGAGAGGCUGUGGUGGCCGCCGCUUGGAUGGCUUUAAAGGAGGGUUGGAGAGAUUCAUGGAGGGAGCAAAGGCUGUUCAUGGCUUCGAGCCUUGAUGGACAUGUUGACAUCCACUGUCAGAGGCAGCCUGUUUCUGAGUGCCAGUUUCUGGGGAGCACAAGGGGAGAGAGGUGCUGCCCUCGUGUCAUAUUUUGGGGCAUCUGGUUGGCCCCUGUGAGAGCAGGAUCCUGGACUAGACGGAUCGUUGUUCUGAUCUAGCAGGCUCUUUGUUGUUGUUGUUUAGUUGUUUAGUCGUGUCCGCCUCUUUGUGACCCCCUGGACCAGAGCACGCCAGGCCCUCCUGUCUUCCACUGCCUCCCGCAGUUGGGUCAAACUCAUGCUGGUAGCUUUGAGAACACUGUCCCACCAUCUCGUCCUCUGUCGUCCCCUUCUCCUUGUGCCCUCCAUCUUUCCCAACAUCAGGGUCUUUUCCAGGGAGUCUUCUCUUCUCCUGAGGUGGCCAAAGUAUUGGAGUCUCAGCUUCAGGAUCUGUCCUUCCAGUGAGCACUCAGGGCUGAUUUCCUUCAGAAUGGAGAGGUUGGUUGGCUCUUCUUGCAGUCCAUGGGACUCUCAAGAGUCUCCUCCAGCACCAUAAUUCAAAAGCAUCCAUUCUUCGUCGAUCCUAUAUGGUCUUAAAUGGUGAGAUGGUAUCGAGGAUAAAUGCCCGUUGUAAAAUGAGUCUCGGUGAGUGGCUUUCUGUGCUGAUUCUGGAGCUCAUAAGUGGUGCCACUUCUGCAUUUUUGAAAUCUUAGUCACACCAGUUAGGUGACUGGUACUAAGUGUGUGUCGCUAUCAUGUUUCCUGAACAAAAUUGGGCAGGCUGCCCCCAGAGUUUACCCGCUAUAAUAGCUUCAAGGGGAGAGUGGAGAUGGGAUUCCUGUAGGCGUGCUCCUAGCUUAGAAAUGGAAAAACAGAAUGCCUGAAAGUUCCCCACUCCUCUGCCCAAGGCUUGUGCCUGGUUCCUGUUCAUCAGCUUGUGCCUGGGGAAACAAACCGUUGGCAGAAUUGGGUCCAAAUCAUUCAGCUGGAGACCAGGUAGGCAGACAACGCCUGGCAGAACCAACGGGUCCUUUUUAACCUUCCCUCUAAAUCUGUUUUUUCCAGGUCCUAGAAAAAAAUCCCAACACUCCCAUGAGCCAUAAAGAGAUCCUUCAAGUUAUCCAGAAAGAAGGAUUGAAAGAGAUCAGGUGAGUGUUGAUUGAGUCACAUGGUUAUAGCUGCUUUGGGAGUUUUUAAGCACCAAUAUUGACCUGCUGCACUUUCCAGGUGUAUUGUGUGUGGAGUGCCAUUCAGCUAACAUGGCUCCCUUUCGGGGUCAUAUUAAGUGUUUCACGUAUUCACCUCCGAAAUAAGUGCACGUUCAAGUAUGUUUGCACUUCUCUCAGUGUGCUGAUGGCAAUCCACAGUUCAGCCUGCCAAUAGGCAUGCAGGUUAUCCUGCUUAGCAUUUUCUGUACAUUCUAUUUUGUGUGUAGAUGCUCACACAUGCCAGAUAAACACAUCAGACACAACACACUACAAAACCACACUCACACAGCAAUGCAGUUGAAAUAAAGAGGAUAAGUCUCAUCUGUUUAAUGGAAACACCACUGUUUUAAAUUAUAACAAGCUGUAAAUUAUGGCAAAGCAAUUAUUGUUCCUAUUGUACCUUGCCUUGCCAAAUUCUGUAAAAGGUUGCUGCUGCACUGUAAAUUUCACUUCCUGCUGUGUCUCAAACUAAAAACACUUAAUUUAGUUAACUACACUGUCUGCCAAACAUUAUUUAUCCUCUCUCUGUAUGUUGGGCCACCUGAAAUAUAUUUCUUAGCAAUUGUAAUUUUAUCAGCUAUUGGUAGGAUUGGGGUUAUUAUCCAGUGAGUUCUCUAUGUAUUCACAUUAUUAAUUUCUAAAAGCACUGGUUUUUGUUUCAUUGGUAAUGCAUAUCCAGUCAUCUUCUGUAGGUCUCUUCUAGGUCGAAUCUAAUUUGUAUACAAGGACAGGAACAAUAAAUGUGUCAGUGACCUGCUGCAACUAACCCACAUUUCCACCAAGCUGUAUCUGUAGUAGAUUUUUCUCAGGUUCACACGCAUAGCCUUACUUGCACCUUCUAUGAGAGAAGUUUCACAUUUUGUAAUAGCUGUAAUUACCCCAGCUUGAUGAUAUUGUACAAGAUCUGGGCAAGUCAUUCUGCCAAAAUAUGUUGGCCUAGCUAAUUACACUUGGGUUUUGUUCUUCCAGGUCAUUAGUUACCGUAUUUUUCGCCCUAUAGGACGCACUUUUUCCCCUCCAAAAAUGAAGGGGAAAUGUGUGUGCGUCCUAUGGGCCAGUGCAGCUCGCUGAAGCCUGGAGAGUGAGGGUCGGUGUGCACCGACUCCUCUAGCUCUCAGGCUUCAGCGCAGCAUCCGCCAGCCGUGGGAGACCGCAGCUCUCCCACGGCUAGCGGAGACCUUGCCGGCACCCAGAAGCUUGGGGCGCGCUGAGCUCUGCACGCCCCAAGCUAUGGGAUUAGCGCAGCGCACCUGAGGGGGGAAAUAAAAUUUUUUUCCUUUAUUUCCCCCCCAAAAAACUAGGUGCGUCCUAUGGGCCUGUGCGUCCUAUGGGGCGAAAAAUACGGUAUGUGCUUAGUUUCUGGCUUGGGAAAUGUGGAUGGUCAUUGGAAAAGUUGGAAAAUGUUGCUUUGCUAAAUAUUUAAAGAGUUCUCUCUCUCUCUCUUUCUCUCUCUCCCCCCCCCCACUCUUUUUGGAUUUCAAUCAAUUCCAGAAGGUAAGAACUACUGUUGGUGUACAAAUGCCAUUGAAUUCAGCUAGCAAACAUCACUGUUGAUUAACUUUAAGCGGCAAGCUUGUUUUGCUCUGAGGCUUAGAAGUUUGUGUGUGUGACAAUACUAUUUAGGUUAAAGGGUUGUUUUCCUGCCUGCCUGGAGCCAGAGCUUGUGGGACGCAGCGGCCAGCUGAAUGGUGUGGGAAGGGCUGGUGCGUUCCUGAUUAGCGCACGGAACUGCCUUUAGUCCUCCUUGACCUGAGCAGCCGUCUUGGCUUGGGCUGUGGCUUUGCUGAGCAAAAGGAGCUUAUUGCGGCUCUUCAUUCUGGAUGAUUUCAUCUCUGAUUAACAUGCCAAGCUUCUCUGAGCCAUCUUGUGGCUCACUCCAGAAUCUCCUGAAUGCUGCACUAGAGCACAGGCAUGCCUGCAUGGGAACCACCAGCUGCGCUGCACGAGUGCCAAGCACAAGAUGCGUCUGUGGCAGAGAGCAAGUGCCUUACGCCCCGGGGUUCUCUCCCCGGCCGUGGGGCCUGCUGCGUAAAUUACUGCAAGGCCCAUGCUGGUUUGGGAGGUGACGUGCGCAGGCGGAAGCCCCUCUGGACGCACUCGCAGGACCGGAGGCAUUUCUUGAGCGCGUCUUCAGUCCCCCAAAUAAGCAAAGUGCGAACUUGCCUGGAAUGUGGUUGCCAAAAGGUUUAGGCACAGGGUAGUGUUCUUUGGUUUCAGGUGCAAGGAUUUGAAAGGACGCAAGCUAAGCAGCAAAAAUGAGUCGGCCAAAGCAAAUCUUUCACCAAUAUUGUGGCCUAAUGUAAAUCAACCAAACUGUAUUGUGGGGGUGGAAUUCUUCUUAAACCUACAACAUUCUAGCCAGUGUUUUUCUUGUUUGAUUAAGUGCUUAAUCAACCUUUAGCAAAUCCUAAACAAUAAACAUUGCCGUUGCGUUUGUGUCUCCAACGGACUUCUGUCCAGUGAAGGCUUAAAGCAUUGCACAGAAACAGAUCUGCUUUAAUUGUUGGUGCUUGUAUUAGUUGCCUGCUAUCUGUUUACUAAAAACGAUAAGAAAGAAAGAGCCAGUAUUUUCAAACCAUAUAAAGAAACACAUGAAAACAGCAGCAGAAAAAAGCUGGUUUAUUUUAAUGGCGAUUUGAUAAACUGCAUUAGAAUCAGCUUGCAGUAGUCUAAAACUGAGCUUUGGAGUCUUUAUUCUCUGAUUGAUUAUGGACAUGAAGCAGACCCUGCUGCUUGCAGCUGAUCAAGAAGCCCUGUACCUCGGUCCCAGCCCAGCCCACGCUUAUUUAGGGCUACUAGCUAUGAGGACUACUCUCUUUCUCGAUGGUCGGAAACCACCGGAGGGGAGAGAGUUGCUCUAAUGCUUGGGUCCUGCUUGUGGGCUUCUUCCCUUUGGGGCGUCCAGUGGGCCACUGAGAACAGGAUGCAGAACUAAAUGGGCCCCUCUGGGCCUGACCCAGCAGGCUCCUCUUUCGUUCUUCGGACUAGAAAGGAAACAGCGGAGCAAGGAAAGCCCUCCCCGUGCUCUGGGGAUGCUAUCCUGCUCUGAAGGCCAGAGCAAGUCUCCCUCCUGACCUCAAGAAGAAAUGGGCAGUGCAGGAAUGCAUUGUGUGUGAGCCCUCCAUGCAAUAUAUGCCGCAAUACCCUCCCUUUGGGGCUCCUCUUUGUUCAGCUGUUGGGUGCAUUUGUUUGCUGUCUCCAAAGCUGCCCUCGAGUGCCACUGCCUUGUGAGCUCAGUGCUGGUCAGCCUGGCCUGGCUCAUGGGGAGACUGGCUCCCAUUUGAAGUCAUCAGCAGCUGAGCAAGGCCUUGGACAGGGCAGAUACGAGGUUUGGCAGCAGCAUUCCCCUUGUGUGUGCCAGGGGGACUAACCCUGCCCUUCUCUUUUCAGUGGGACGUCUCCUCUUGCAUGCCUGAAUGCCAUGCUGCACACCAACUCCCGUGGGGACGAGGGCAUUUUCUACAAGGUCCCAGGGCGCAUGGGCGUUUACACCCUGAAGGUGAGUGAGUCUCCUGCAAGGAAUCGGAACUGGGCUGCCGUUGGGAUCCCACGCACUGCCAGGGUACGCACCGCUCUGUGUGGCUUACGGCCGUCCCUCAAAGCAUGGGGGUACUGUUGUCUUGUUUUUGUUUUUAUUACUUACUUGUGUUUUUAUGUCGUGCUUUAUUCUGUGAACCGUCCUGAGAUCUUGUGACCAAGGGUAAUAUAUAAAUUCAGUAUAAAUAAUAAUAAUUAUAAUACAGUGGAACCUCGGGUUACGUACCGUCCUCCUUAUGAACGCUUCAGGUUAUGAGCUCUGCUGACCCGGAAGUAGGUGUUCCGGGUAGCGAACUUUGCCCUGGGAUGCAAGUGGAAGUCGUGUGUCGGUGGCAGUGGGAGGCCCCAUUAGCAAAAGCACGCCUCAGGUUAAGAACAGUUUCAGGUUAAGAACAGACCUCCGGAAUGAAUUAAGUUCAUAGGUACCACUGUAAUUUUGCAUCUUUGUUCCUGGUGUGGGCUUUAAACAUCUGGAUCAUAACCAUGGUAUUGGCUUGCAGAAAUUAUUUUUUUGAGCCUGGGCUCCCCCCACCCCCGUUGUCCUUACACUAGUUAUGCUGCUUCAAAGCCACUUGCUUCGCCUUCAGCGGACAUGUGUCUAGCAUGUGCAUAUUGGGGUAGUGCUGUCGUUAAGAUUUUGAUCAGGAAGGCUGCGAUGGGAGAGCUUGCUAGGGCUCGAAGUUCACUGGCUAAGCAACCUUGGCCAACACACAUGGAAAGUUCCCCCCACCCCACUUAGUGGCCUAAGGGGGUUUGUGACAGGGCAGCGGUGUGGAGAAUGGCAGGAGAAAGAGAGCAAGGAAGAACAUGGCAGAGGGUGGGGGCUCUGUAAUACCUGCCAGCUGUUGUGCCCUUUAAAUGGGGGCAGUACAGUAUAGUACAGGUGGAUUUGAGGUGGACUCUGGGGGUGGCUGCUUCUUUUAAAAGGUCUGCUCCAGGUCCUCUUACAGAGCUGAGGAGGUGCCUGGGGUUGCUUUAUUUACCUGAGAUCUUCCUAAUUAACCAGAAUACCCAGCCAGAUGGGCGGGGUAUAAAUGAUAAAUUAUUUUAAUAAAUUAUUAUAAUAUAUUGUGCUCAUCCCCAAAGAAUGGCAUAGCUUUGGGGCAGCACCUGCAGUGCCAGAGGUUGAAUCUAGGACACAGCGUGGGGGGGGGCCUCUUUUUUCUCUGUUGCUUUGACGAGGUUUGUGCCAUGCGUGGGGGCAGUGAUGGACAGCUUACCUUGGCUUUUGCUGUGAAUCAUUCCAGGAGCAAACUCGGUAACAACCUGGUUGGGACCUGCCUGAAAAUCGGAAACAGAUUUCUCUUUUUUGUUUGAAACCCAGUUUAGCUUGAGGGAGCUUUGGUAGCUGCAGGAGCUGUUGGGUCUGAGCUGGCAAAGCAUCCAAGUGGCUUCUUGAUGAGUUGCUUGGGUGCAAAGGUGCUCAGGGCGUGCGGCCUUGAGGAGUUAUGCCAAGAUACCGGAAUGGACCCUGGCAAGAGGUCAUGGAGCACACACUUUGCCUGCUGCCCCUUCCAGACUUGAAUCACUCCCCUAUCCAUCCAAAGGGUCUUGGAAGAAGCCGUCUUCUGUGCCUGAGACCCUGGAGGACUGCUGCUGGUGAGGGUUGACAGCAUUGAGGUGCACAAGAAGGCAAUAUAUAUAUUUAUACUGUUGCGUUGGAAAGAAUUACUCUAUAGGGGAUUCUAGAAGAGAAAUCCUAUGUAAACAGGCCAUGAGAACUGGGUAGGGAGAAGGAGAUUGGACAGGAUGGACUACAUAAUGGGCUGACAGCCAGGUUUUUAAAAGAACAUAAAAAAGAGAAUGGUUUCGUCUAUGUGCGCUGUGGAAUCCCAUUUCUUGGAAGGAGGCUGGGUGGGUGGGUGGGCAGCCAGCCCUCUGUUGGGAAUGCCUUGGGGCAAAAGGGAGCCUUGCUGUGGAGUGGAGGAGAGUCCCCUGGCCCUCAGGACCGUAGUCGAGAGACAAUGCCAACCUGCAAUUUCAGGUUCCUGGGGAAAAAGUCUUGCACAGUUGCCACUAAUUUAGAAUGUGGCUUACAUACUAUAGGAACCUCCAGGUGGAUUAUUAUGCCCCCUGACUUUUGAGCCAGAGGAUGGCGCUUGCGAUAUUCUUGUCUUUAAUUCUCUCUUUCUCUCCCCGCCCACCCACCAACCCCAUGGCCCAGUCUUAGUGAUUGUUGAACUGACAUAGAGAUAAACGCACCAAGGUCCGCCUGUUUGUGUUUUGCCUGCAGAAGGAUGUUCCAGAUGGGCUGAAAGAACUCUCCGAAGGCUCGGAAGAGAGCAGUGACGUGCAGUCAGACUCCCCCAGCUCAGAGAACAGCAGCAGCAGCAGCAGCAGCGACAGGAGCAGCAACAAAGGAGGAAGGAAAAGCCAGUGGCGAAGGAAGGGUAGCUAUUCCUGAAGAAACUCACAAGCUGGUUGUCCUCCCCCCACCCCCAGCCUGCUUUGCACGCCGGUUGCUGGGGCCGUUUGCUGUUGCUUGUUGCAACCUGGUCCUGAUUGCAAAAGUGGUUUCAGAGGAUAACGUAGCCGAGGCCGCUUAGAGUAUGGCACCGGUACACAAAGAAGUUCAGGCCUGAGAUUGCGUUGGUAACCAGUGAAGUGCUCCAAACGGAAGCCUGAAGCCGUCGAGUGCCAUCUGAAUAUUGUCCCAAAUAGAGCUUUGGUCCCUGGCCCUGACAGUCGGGAAAUGGCCAAGCUCUCCCUUGCUUUGAAUGGAUCUUUCUGGAGGUGGGGAGACGCUGGAGUUCACUUUUGGAGAGGAAUUGACUCAGUUGAAUGUAGCUUUGGGGCGCUUGGGGAAAAGGUUGUUUGCUGUUUGUUUGGAGUUCAGAAUUGCCUGCAAGGCUUCUGAUUCAGAGGGCAUUUCGGAUUUCCGGAUGUUCACAGACCCUUAUAUGCAGGGCAGUGGAACUUACAGUCCCAGCGCAGCCCAUUGAUGGCUCAGUAAACCUCGACACCUUGUUGCCCGCCUUCAGUUAAUAAAUGGGAGCUGGGGAGACGCGCUGUGUCCCUGGAGUGCCACAGUACAUGGGCCCGCUGGGCUGCCCUCAUUGUAGUGCAACUACUGCUAGAAAUAUAUCCUGGACACUAAAAGAGCAGGCUGCAAGCUGAAAGGCGUUGCGGGGGCAGGGGGUGAUGUUCAGUUUUCUGUGCAAGGAGCUGGAGGAGCCAGUGACCACCACCACAAGUUACUGCAUUGUUGUUGUUAAUGAGAAACACUUGCAAAAUGCUCUUGCUAGUGAAGAGCACCACUUAGUAGCUGAAUAAAUGAUUUGUGAGCCGUGAAUCAUAUAGCGGUAUCUGCAUGUGUGUUCAGCCAGGAAAGUUCGCACAGUGACUUAGGGCAAGUACCCAUCUCUUGCUCUGUGGUGUAGGAGACGGGACCUCUCACACUUGGUAGACCUCCCCAGGUCAAAAAACACCGUUGUAAGACCUCCCCAUGUAGGAGAGGCAGCAAAAGGCUGCAGCAGUUGUUCCAGCGCCACUGAAGCUCUGUUGCAGCAGGGGGGAGGCAUGCAACAAGUUGCCAAAUGAGAAUUGGCUGGUACUUGCUGCUUUGAUGAGGGGCAGUUCAGAGUUGUACUAGAUGUGUAAUCAGGGGGAAAGUUGAAUAGUGCACACUUCUAGGAAAUGUGGAGAGUCUUCCAUGCUGAACUGUGAAUCAUUUCUGUAAAAUCUGAUGUGGCUAAUCCCUGUUGGGAAUGUAACAUGAGCAAACUGAGACGGGAAAAGCUUGGGAGAGCCAGAUUGCAGCUGAGUCAUCAUCCCUCUUGGAUUUUGAAAUUACCGUAUUUUUUGCUCUAUUAGACUCACUUUUUCUCUCCUAAAAAGUAAGGGGAAAUGUGUGUGCGUCUUAUGGAGCGAAUGCAGGCUGCGCAGCUAUCCCAGAAGCCAGAACAAUAAGAGGGAUCACUGCUUUCAUUGUGCAGCGAUCCCUCUUGUUGUUCUGGCUUCUGAGAUUCAGAAUAUUUUUUUUCUUCUUUUCCUCCUCCAAAAACUAGGUGUGUCUUAUGGUCUGGUGCGUCUUAUAGAGCAAAAAAUACAGUAUGUUGAGAUUAGCUUCUUAUCAAGCUCGUCAUCCUCAAGGCUAACUGGUGCGACUGUCUGUCUGCGUUUGCUAGAAGAGAUAGGAGCUUGUGAAGGUCAAGUAUCGUCUGGGUUCACAACAAUGAAUCUGUGCUGAGCUGGUGUACCGAUAGCAGUUGAGGCCUUGAAAUGCGAGGCAGCAAGUCUCUGACCCAUGCUUUGUUCAAGCAACGGCAGGAUCUUCAGCAAGCCAAUAAUGGGCUAUAUAAUAAGAUAAAUUUAAUAAGCCCCCUCCCUCAGUAAUGUAAUACAGUGGUUCCUCGGGUUAUAGACGCUUCAGGUUACAGACGCUUCAGGUUACAGACUCCGCUAACCCAGAAAUAGUACCUCGGGUUGAGAACUUUGCUUCAGGAUGAAGACAGAAAUAGUGCGGCAGCGGGAGGCCCCAUUAGCUAAAGUGGUGCUUCAGGUUAAGAACAGUUUCAGGUUAAGAACGGACCUCCAGAACGAAUUAAGUUCUUAACCCGAGGUACCACUGUACAGAGAUUACGGCACUGGUCUACUUUGCAGAGUUGUUGUAAAGAUGACUGAGACCGCGGCAUGAAGUACAUUGAUCACUUUUUUGAGAGGCUGUGCUUUGCAACUCAAGGGCAAUAACUGAGUGUGCAUGAUGUUGCUUAUUCACAAUUCUUCUAUGCUUCUCCUGCCUGUGACCAUAACCACGUGUUGCUGCCAUAGCAGAGCUGCGGUAAAGAAUAAAAGUGCAGCCCAGACCUUUCCUGUAGCAAAAAGCAGCAGUUGAAAGAGGGUAGGUCCCUGCAGCUCUUGGAGGUGCCUGUUUCUACCUUGUUGUAAUGAAUGGUGAUAAUCCAGAGGAAGUCGACUGCCUAGAUGCCUGCUCAGGACCAUAAGAACUGGCCUAACCCUGUUCCAUGAGCUCUGUGUUUUCAGCAAUGCUGUUUUUCGUCCAUAUGAAACGGCUCGUCAAGAUGGCCCGGUGCCCUUUUGCUCACUAAGCCUCUGGGAGCAGCCGGCUUGCUUGCAAACCAGUAUCUGAAGCAGUGGGUGGGUGAGGGUUAAGCAAAAGGAAGCUGGAUUCUGGCGAGGCAGAGGCAGUGCUGAUCUGUUUGCGCUUUGAAGAGCGGAUGAUUGCCCCAUCUUGGCAGUUGUGGAACCUGGGGCUGCUUCUGGGUGAACGGAAGGUGGUUGUGAUCAGGGCCCCCUCUUCCCAGCUGAGGUCAUGCUGUCCCCAUUCUCUUCCUCUUAUUGCUGAGAGAUCUUCUCCUGCUUAUACUAUCCCCACUUACUUCCAUAGCCUUCAGGGUGUACUGCUGUCUUAAGCUUGCUGUGAGGUUGGUGUUGAAGACGGCUUUCAAGCUAUCCUGGUGCAGGGGCAUCCCAGGAGGUGAGAGCUUGUUUAGCCAUGGGCUGGAUCCCAGGAGCUCCUUUCUCCAAAUCAGGCACCUUGUUCUUGCCUUGUUAAUACUCUGGACCCCACGAUACCUCUGAGGUGGCCUCCCUUGUACAGUCAUACCUCGGGUUGAGGUAGCUUCAGGUUGAGCAUUUUCAGAUUGCGCUCCAUGGUGACCCAGAAGUAGUGGAGCGUGUUACUUCCGGGUUUCGCCACUUGCGCAGACACUCAAAAUGACGUCACGCGCAUGUGCAGAAGCAGCGAAUCACGACCCGCAGACGCGGGUUGCAUUUGCUUCAGGAUGUGAACGGGGCUCCGGAACGGAUCCCGUUCGCAUCCAGAGGUACCACUGUCAAGCCAUUUCUGCUCUUCUGAGGUUUAGAGGUGUCCCAGAAACACAAGGUGAGGACAUCAUGAAUAAAUUGACAAAGGAAAUAGCGGAAUGGCUUGGAGUGAGGGAAGAAGACUUGAUAUUGGAUAUUGACAAAAUUUUCAGGAUGAAACCAGAUGCUAAAAGACCAUUUAAGGGGCCAGUGGAUUGCCUAGUUUUCCUCAAUUCGAGGUUGCUGAAAGAUAAGAUCUUACAAAAACGAAGAAUGGCAAUAGAUGGACGUAAUAUAUUAAUAUACAAGGAAAUUCCUAAAAAACAAAAUAAUUACAAGAUAUUGACAGAUGUGCUGAAAUCUAAAGGAAUUCUGUUCAAAUGGCUAUUCCCUGAGGGACUGCCUUUCACAUUUAAAGAUAGGAGAAGGAACAUAAGAUCUAUAGAAGCGUUAACUUUCAGGAGCAAGGCUUCUGCCACAAUUCCCCCAGGUUCUGGAGGCGCCUCCCUGAGGAGCGCAUUUCCACUGCAGAAGUACUGUAAAACUCUCUUGACUCUGGGUGACCUUUUGGUGGAAAGUCUCUCCUAAUUUAGUAUGCUCUACGUUGGAUUUUUGAUCUGUUUGUGAUGCUUAAUCUGAGUUGCAAAUCAUUUUUGCAUUUGGCACCUUUUAGACGAAAGGCGAGUGAGAGGCAACUUGAUAGAAGUUUAUGAAACUAUGCCUGGAGAAAGUGGUUAGAGAGUGUUCCUCCCUUUCUCAUGAGACUCGGAUUCAUGGACAUCCAGUGAUGCUGAAAGCUGGGAAGUUCAGGACAGAUAAAGUAAACCUUCACACAGUGUAGUAAACCUGUGGAACUCUUUCCCACAGGAGGCAGCGAUGGCCACCAACUUGGAUGGCUUUAAAAGAGGAUUGGACAAACUCAUGGAGGUGGGGAGGGCUAUCGGUGGCUACUAGCCAGGAUGGCUCUUCUCUGCCUCCACAGUGAACAGAGGCUCAGUUGUUCUGAACACCAGUUGCUCAAAACCACAGGAGGGGUGUUGGCUCUUGUACUUCACGGCCUAGGACCCUUGUACCUAGGGGACCGCCUCUCUCGGUCUGCCCCGCGGAGGACCUUAAGGUCCAUAAAUAGCAACACCCUAGUGGUCCCGGGCCCUAAGGAAAUUAGAUUAACCUCAACCAGAGCCAGGGCCUUCUCAAUACUGGCCCCGGCCUGGUGGAACGCUCUGUCUCAUGAGACCAGGGCCCUGCGGGAUCUGAUUUCUUUCCGCAGGGCCUGUAAGACGGAGUUGUUCCGCCUGGCCUUUGGCUUGGAAGCAACUUGAUCCCCUCCCCCUCUUUCCUUGGCUGGGGAGGGUGGGGUAUAAAUAAAAUUUAUUAUUAUUAUUAUUAUUACUCAAUUCCUGCCUGCAGGUUUCCCUUUGGGGUUUCUGGUUGGCUACUGUGAGGAUGCUGGACUACCUGUGCUGGUGGUCUGAUCCUGCAAACUCUUCUUAUGUUUUCAUAUGUUUCUGGUGCUCCAAAAGCUGUGCCAUCCCUUUGCACAGACAGCAACUGGGCAGCCUCCGCAGGAGAAAGGCCUCCAGCUGUUCCUUCCUAGCAGAGAGACAGCAGCACACCUGAGCUGUUGGCCAAGGAGGGUGGGGGCAGGCUGCGCUGAGAGCCACCGUGGCCACAGCUUGUUCUUUUCCAGUUGUCAGGCAGAUGGUCCACUGAAUGAUCACGCUGGUUGCUAGUUAAUCUCUGUCUUGAAUUUUAGCUUCCGUUUUUUUUUUAUUUAAAAAAAACUUGUAUCCUGCUCUUCAUCUUAUGACCCAUUUAAAGGACCUACACCUGUGAGUUUGUGUGCUAAUACCCUCCAGCAGCACAAUCUAAGCAUACUGGUUGGCCCAAAGUUUGGAAAUGGGUCGCAGAGAAAAGGAGGAAGGUGGAUGUUCCUGGUAAGUAAUUGUGUCCAACUUCAUAUUAAAAAACACGCACAUCCUUAAGCACUGGGUGCUGGUCAAACAAUAUACAAAGGGUAUGUUAUACAGUCAUUCCAGUACUUAGUUUGGUGUUUAUAUCUUGGUGAGAUCCUUGGUAGGGGCUUCAGCACCAUUAACUGGUCAGUUUCCCCACCUGUGAAGCUUCAGUCUUCCUGCUUAGUGGUUCUCCGGUCUUCCUGUUUUCCUCCUUUACACGCCAGGCAAACUCUUGAGUCCAGGGUUCGGUGUUUCCCUGCAAAAACGGACGGGAUCCCAGGUUCCUGGAGCAAAGGAGGAAACAGCAGCUUCUCUUCUUUGUUAUUUGUAGGUAUUUGGUGUCGUCAGCCGAGGCUGAGGAAACACCGGCUUCUGAAUUUGGGCCUUGCCAGGUGAGUAAAGGAGGAACUGGCACUUUCAAUGGAAAGGGAGGCUGCAUUCUGAGUGCUCGCAGUGCUGCUGCUGCUGCUGCUGCUGUGUUUUGGCAUUCAUCUGCAAGUUUAUAGCAAUGUUAAAAUAUUUAGAACUAGCAGGAAAGGCCUGUCUGUUGAGAACCACCUGUCUCCAGACUUUAAAACUGACUAUUUUGCUAUGUAAACCAGACUGAAAGCGCUUGAAGCGUCAGAGAGUGGUGUGUUAGGCAGGGAAGCUUGGCCUUCCCAAGUGUGUCUGAGCCAAGGGUUGGGAGAGUCUGUUCUUACCUGUUCCAGUAGAACACCCAGAACAUAAUGAACAGAUGAGUCCCUCCCAUUUGCACAGCGGAAGAUGGUGAGAGGUGCUUUAAGCAGCAAGCUCCUUUGGCGGAGACACAAGUGUACCUAAAUCACAGAGGCUGCCUCUCAGCCCCACUCUGGUGCUGUAACUGGGAAUUGCAAUGGAUUUUGGUGCAGAUCCGAUGUUCAGGGAGAGUGUUGCACGCUGCUUAAAUGAGUGGCAGGCACAACAGAGCAGAUGAUUGGCUCGGGAGACGGCUGUUUCGUAGUGCCAGUCCUUCAGUCAUAGAUUGCCUUGAUAAAUCUAAUGAAGAACAGGGCUUGUGCCUUGCAACCCAGCUUGUGGGAGCACGUGUAUGUUCCUACUUGCUUUGGAUAGUGAAUAAACUGAAGUCUCCAUAAGACAAGUUUUCCAUAAGGUCCUGCCCUGAAGGGGUCAAGUGCAGGUGAUUCUGGGGCCUCCACUGAAAAGACCCUGUAUCUCUUGCAUGCCAACCUGGCUGGCGCCACUGCCUAGCAGCAGCUGAACCCUCUGGCUGUAUCGUGAGCUGACAGAGGACCCUGGGCUCUUCUUAGGAGAACACCUGUUUUCUUUGCAGGGGGGUGAGUGGAAGGACGUAGCAGCUGAGCUGAGUAUUUUGUGCCUUGUGGGGAGGAAGGCUGGCCAUGGUUAGCUUAGCAGUUCACCCUAAUGUGGUUCCACCAUUAUUCAUAUACAUACAAAACAGGAAGCGCUUUGAGAUCAUAUCAACAACAGACUUCCUUAUAUGUACAAAAAUAAAGUUUCGUGACAGCAAUGAGACUGACACUUAAAGCGGAGACAAGCUUCACGUUUGUGGGUCCAGCCAAUCCGGAGCCCCCAUGAGACGUGUGGGGUGCUGAAAGCCAGCCCUGGCCGGAGCUCUUUUUCUGUGAGAACGAGGAGAAGGUGUCUGUUUUCUCUGUAGGCAACAGCCAUGUCCCGAGAGAAGCUUUCUGAAAUUCCGUUGCGAGGUAAGGCUGAGUGGCCCUGCCUUGCAGAGAGGCCUGGUGGCGGUUUCCACUGCCUGUGACCAGCUGCUUACGUGGCUGUCCACGGAGGGAGGGAGGAGGGAAGGACAGGGCAGGGAGCCUCCAGGCAGAACAGCUUCCAGGCUUAGGGCUCAGCAAAACUCGUGGCUGCCAGCUAUCACUGCAGAGGUCCUGCCCUGCUUUCUGCGCAGCUUCACCCUAACUCAGCCAAGCAGGGGAGGCAUUCUGUGGGGCAGGGAAUCAUCAUAAUGUCAGAAGAGCCCUGCUGGAUCGGACUAGGGGCCUGUCUGGUCCAGCAUCCUGUUCUCUCAGUGGCCGACCAGAAGUCUCUAGGAAUCCCCGCAAGAGGCCUGGAGCGCAGCACCAGCAGCAGCAGCAGCGCUCUUUCCUCCUGCGGUCUCCAGCGCCACUUCCGACAGGAAGUGAAUUGCUGGCAUGGACCCAGGUGUGUCUGCAGUUGGGCUGACUUUGAGAAAGCCACCCAAUCACCCUUGUGUCAUGAAGAAUGAAUUCCGCUUGGGAAAUGUGGAAGCUCUGGAACUCGGGGGUUUCACUCUGAAGCAAGUUGGCAUUUUGUAAGUUGCGCCAGCAGAAAUGCUUCCUGUUCACUCUGCCGGCUGCAGGGGGUGUGAGCGCUGCUGUGUCCUGUUUCAGUGGCCACAGCUGCAGAGUCGGCAGCCGUGGGCUUGCAAAACGCUGCCCCCGGAAUGACUCUGCUCUGCCUCCACUGUCCGAGGCAGCCAGGCUUCUGAAUCCCAGUGCCUGGAAAACACAGAUGGGGAGAGAGCUCUGGUGCGCAGCUCCUGUUUGGGGGUUUCCCUUUGCCGCUGUGAGAGCAGGAGGCUGGACUAGGUGGGCCAUUGGCCAUUGGCCAGAAAACAUUCUGCUUUAUGGGAGCUCAAACAUUCUGAGUCAUCAGCAGUUAGGACCCCAUAGGAGAAUAAAGUUUAUGAGAAUUGAGAAUCCCAUUAGCUGUGAGUUGGAGGAAUUGUGGUGUCUGAAAACCUGUUCAGAGUUAGUAAUGGAAUGAAAAUUACGGAAGCUGUACUUGUACUCAGUUUAACACGGGGUUGAGGCAUUGGCCCUUCUGAGGCCCUCCUUGAUGUGCCUUCUCCUCAAGAGGUCUGGAGGGUGGCAACACGAGAGCAGGGCCUUUUCUGGAGUGGCUCCCCCUCUGUGGAACGCUCUCCCUGGGGAAGUUCACCUGGCGCCUUCAUUAUACACCUUCAGGUGCCAGGCAAAUACGUUCCUUUUUGAACCAGGUCUUUCGUUGAUCUGAUUGACAUCCUAUGCCCUUUUUAAAAUUUGGCUCUUAUGGGACGGGUGUUAUUGGGUUGUUGUUUUUAUUCUGAUUAUAUAUAUUGUGGUUUUUAUGUUGAUCUUUUCUGUGAACCGCCCUGAGACCUCUGGGUGUAGGGCAGUAUAUAAAUUCAAUUAUUAAUAAUAAUAAUAAUAAUAAUAAUAGCCUGGGCUUCUGAGCAAGGGCAAGUUAUACUAUAAGCCACUAUUAAUGGUGGGCAAAGGCCAAUGAGAAUAACGGUCUUAGCAAGCGCUUGGGGCCUUAUUUCAUAGGGGAAACAUAAUAAAAAUGCAGCAGUAUGACAGAAGUAAUAGCAAAUGUCUUACAUGGAAGAAGACUUCUUGAAGGGGCACCCAGGGUUGGCUUGGGCAACUCUACUCCUUUGGCCGGACUUCACAGAGGAUCAGGGUGGGCAUGUCAAGCAUGGGUCACUCAGCCCCAGACGCUGGCCCCCUUAAGCGCCUCUCUUCAGCAUCUUCCUGGGCAAGCAAAUCCCGACGAUAUAUUAACAGAAUGUUACAGCAAACACACUUAUAUAUUCACCUUUCUGAAUUUUCAUCAUAUAUUGAAGACCAGAGGGUUGUGAUAAAAUUAAAAACCAUGUCACUGAAUGUAAUUGCACUUAGAUAGAAUAAAUAUAUUUAAGGAAUCUAAUAAUGAGGUUUGGCAGAAUUAUUCAAAAGUACUCCAAGUACCAGAAAAGAGAGAUUGCUGCCUUUAACGCUUUCCUAUAUUUAUCCCAGACUGUUAUCACAGUUUUGUAGUGCCAGGAGUGCAGUGCUAGAUUCCCGCUGCAUGUUGCAGGUGGGAGCCUGUAUGGAUAGGGAGCUGGCAGACCCCUGGACUCCUCGCUGCCAGACACUCCAAAUGGAGCAGGUAAAGCUGCCUGUGAGCAGUCAAGAGAUGCUGAAACAUAUCUUCCCAAAUAAUAUUUUCCUCUGCUAAACCAAUUCUGUCACUUCCUGUGACAGGCAUCACUCGUGGCUUUGUUGACAGCCCUCCCCAAAAAUGUCAGCGCCAACCCUUGAAGCCAGCUGCCUCUUCACCAGGCAGUGGGGGCUGAAUGCAAGUUGUUCUUCCGGGAUGCUUCUGGUUCAUGUUCAUAUCUGCAGAUCUUGCUCAGCAAAGAUUUUGGGAAGAUAAGUUUGAUGAAUAAGUUCCUUAGGCCUUCUGUCAGCCAGAUGCAACUGUGCAGUGUCUGUUUUUAUUAUAUUGAGUCAUGGGGUGUCCCACUGGCUUCAGAGUCUGACUUUCCCAGAUGAGCUUGUUCAAAACAACAGGACUCCUGAAAAGACGAUUUCCGAGUCCUAGGUAUGUUUUUAAACCCACUGGUGAAGUGUUGGUGUAUUUAGAGCAGUUUAACUGGGUCUGUCCACAGACAAUAAUAACAUGUUCCAUUCUCCCUGUUUCUGUAAUUUUUCCACCAGUCUUUUACCACAGCCUGCUGGGUAUUGGGACCUCUGCUUUUUAACUUGCUCCUAAAGGAUAUAGAGUUAGGAGCGAGUAAUGAGGCGGCCAAGUUUGUUGAUACCAGAUUGUUCAGGAAGGGUAAAAGGAUCUCUCCAGACUGGGUGAAUGGGCAAUAAAAUGAAUUGCAUUUGCCAAUGUAAACAAGUGUAAAGGGAUGCACAAUUUGGGGCAGAAAGUCUUAAUUUCACUUAUAUGCUCAUGGGGUCUGAACUGGCGGUGACUGACCAUGAAUGAGAUUUUUGGGUCAUUGUGGAGAGCUCAGUGAAGAUGUCCACCCAGUGUGCAGUGGCUGUUAAAAAGGCAAAUUGAAAAGGAAUUGAAAAUAAAACUGCCAAUACUAUAAUGCCAUUAAACAAAUCUAUGGUCAGCCACAUUUGGAAUGGAAUAUAUCAGGGACGUCCAACUUCCAGGAGACUGCAAUCUACUCAAACGAUUAAAAUUUGGCAGUGAUCUACCCCUUUGGGGGGGGUUUCAGAUCAAAGUUGUUGAGUUUUUUUAGGGAGGUACAUCCCAUUUGGGGGGGCGGGUGUUCAGGUCUAAUAAAUGAAAAAAGGCGCUCAGCGCUAGAACGCUUAGGAGACAGACAGCAUCACUGAUAAAACUCCUUCUUCCAUUCUAGCGAUCUAGAGGAUGGGGGGAGGUGGGGAGGCUGGAUGGAGGAGCCAGCGAUCUACCACGAUCUACCAAAACCUCCCGGGGAUCGUCCAGUAGAUCCCGAUCGACCUGAUGGACACCCCUGGCAUAUAUAAUUCUCGUCGCCUCAACUCAGAAAGGAUAUUGUGGAGUUGGAAAAGGUUCAGGAAGAAGGUUCAUUGUAAGAACAGCUGUGUAACUUUAAGAAUUAGUCCCUGAGUUUGCUUGUUUUUCCUCUUCCUUCUUUAUCUCCUCUUCCUUUUGUGUUACCUGUUUUAGGCAGGUAAGCCUGCAGGCAGAAGCUGUCUUCUUUUUUCUGGUUUUAUGUAAGCCACUUUGGGGUCUUUGGGCCUUGAAAAGUGGGUACAGAUGCUGCAGAUAAAUAUAAGUAGCAGAAUGAGUGAUAGGUUAUUUUCCUUUAAAAAGCAACAACCCAAAAAACCCCCAGACAUGGGGGCGUGUCAGUUUAUUUCAGCCACUGGGGAUUUUUCCCAGCAAAGGGUGGGCAUUUUAGCUUAGGAGACUUCUGACAACACACCAUCUUGAAUUCAGCACUGAAAACGGUCAGCUCAAAUCUCAGCUUCCGAACAGUGGUUUAGAAAUGGUUCACAAGGAUUGUUGCUGCCUUUGUUCCUCAUUGGGGAAUUUGGUAUCAUCACGGCGGUUGCCAUGUGUGCCACAGGUUGAGACUGCUUUCUUCUGUGGCAGCAGCAGGGCUCCAACAACGUAUGAACUGCUAAUGCAGACAUACAGAAACAGAAGCACUCUACAUUCAGAAAGUCUUCUGCAGCCUCUCUCGUGCUCGUCCUUGACAAAAGUGUGGGGCAAGGAUCUCACUGCAGACUGGGAAUGAAGGCUGAGAGGCGGAAGGGGAGCCUGUUGUGACAAGAAUGUGGUCUGAAUGCCGUCCUGCCAGGUCCAAGCCCAGCUCUGUCCGCUGGGGGCACCCAGGGAAUGCCACAGUGGGCUCCAGGAAGACGGGUGGGGGCAGGAUCUUGUGGGGCAAAGCGCUGCCACCAAAUCCUCUGAGCUCUCACCACCCUCGGCCACAGCUGUUGCUCUUUGCUCUGGUACUCGAGGGGCAAAGCACAUGGAUGACCUGCUCUGCGCCAGGGUUAGGCAGCCUUACAUCCUCCAGGGGUUGUGGAACUGUGUCUCCCAUCAUCCUUGACCCUUGGCCUUGCUGGCUGGGGCCGAGAGAGUUGGGAGUCGAAAGCAUUGGGAGGGCAGUACCUUGACCAUCCCUGUUCUCUGUGCUGAAAUUCGGCACAUCGAGAUUAUGUGGGAGAAACUCCGUGGGGCACAACAUGAGACCUCCGGGUAUAGGGCGGUAUAUAAAUUCAAUAAGUGAUAAUAAUAACUUCUCAGAAAAUAUCCACCUGUCUGUGUUGUUAAGGUCCAGCUCUGUUUGUUUACAUUACAGGAAAAUUCUCCAUUUAGAUGGCAGAAAUUAUAUAUUUUUUUAGGUAUGGUGUUCUGUGGAUAUUAUUCUUACUCUUAUGCUAUGUAUUUGCUGACAUUAGGCUCUUGUGCUAGUGGACAGAUGAUUUGUGAUGUUGCGCAACAAAGGAGUCCAGCCCAACAGCUGCACUAGCAGAAACUCACUACGCAGCAGGUCAUGCCUUCCGUCAUGCUGCAAAGUGAACUAGCAACUUGCUUGUGCGUCUUCUUGCACAGUGAAGUAUUCUGCUGUCAGAAAACAUUUCCCCAGUGGAACGAGCGGAUCACCAAGUGACUUAGCACUACACUGGAUACAACACAUUUUGAUGGUUUCAUGAAUAGCCAUACUUACUGUUCACUUGCUAUCCUGUGGUCCAUUUCGGGAAAGGGCCAGAUAAAAAGAUGGCGAUAAUUCUUGUGAUUCUCUGGGGCAUCUUGGCCAUGCGCCUGGGAGGUGGGCGGAGCAGAUGGCCUUUUCCCGGCCUUUUGCAGAAGGUGACUUCAGCGUUCGAAACUCCCAUUGUUCUAGGCGCGUUUUGCAACAGGGAAUUUCAUUAAUGUGAGCAGUUCCUGAGCUCUGGGCGUAGUGCUGUGCCUAAGAUUUAAGGUUCAAACUGCCACUGCUGGAAAAAAAGGAGGAUCUUUUUCUGCCUCCCCACUGGAGAAGGGACCCUCAUAAGAAUAUUAAGGGGGGUGGGCAGGGGAAAUAUGGCUUUGUGGGAUUUUUUUGCAGUCUUCAGAUGAGGACUAGACCAUGUGAAAAAUGAACAUAAGAUUUUAGCUGCAGUUCAUUCAUUUUCAGCUUUGUACUCUUGUUAUAAAAAAGCACGCCCAGACACUCCAUUGCAGCGCCCAUAACCUCGGUUUAAGGUGCCCUUUAGCUCUUUCCUAUCUCAGUUUCUAACUCUGGGUGCCUUGCACUUGGCCUGGGCUGCUGGCUUAACUUCCCUGCGCUGUUUUUCUCUUCCUUUCUCUAGCGUCAGCCAGGCUCCUGCAAGUGGCCUCUCCCCAGCCGGGCUGCCCAUCUCCUUCCAUUCCACCAGGUAAAGUCAUCUCAUCAUCUCAGAAGCUCAGCAAAAAGGCGCUCAAGCAGGUGAGUGGAGAAGCGAGGGGAAGGGUUAAAAUGGUCCCUGAAAUAUUCCUCCUGCUUCUGCGUUUCAGGGGCACGGACCUGCCCUUUGCCUUGAGGCCCAAAAGCCUGGUGUGCCUUCCCUCUGCGUGCUCUGAGUCAGGGAGCCAAAGCCCUUUGGUGUGGGGCAAGUGAAUAGAGAAAGGUUUUUCUCUGUCUCUCGUAAUGCUAGAAGUCAUGGACACCCAGUGAAGCUGAGUGUAGGAAGACUAGGAGCAGAUAAGUACUUCUGCAGAACAAACAUAGUUAAACUAUGGGACUCGAUCCCACGGGAGGCCGUGAUGACCACCAGCCUGGGUGAUUCUGACAGUGGGUUAGCCAAAUUCUUGAAGGAGGGGCCUACCAAGGGCUGCCAGCCACAAUGUUCUGGUUCCAUGGCUGGAGGCAUUGUUGCUUCUGAAUGUCAGUCGCUGGAAGCCACAGGAGGACAGAGGGGUUGUGGCUUCCCCUGGAUAUCAGGCUGGUGGGCUGGGUGGGCCACUGACCUGACCCAGCAGGCCUGUUCUUGCAUUCAUGAACAAUGUAAAACAGUUGUUAGAGAAUUGGGGGGCAUCCCCCCAGCAAAACAUUAGGAAAAACCACAGCGUCUUCAGGCUCCCCCCCGAGGCCUCCCUGGAAAGCCUGGGUGCAAUGCUGGAAUGAACUUAGAGAUGGGGCCAGCCAGGCUUCACUGGGGAGGGCGUUCCCACAUCUGUGUGCCACAGCUAAGAAGGCCCUGCUGCCUCCUCUUUUCUGUCUCCUCCUCCCUCUCCUCGUAGGCUCUGAAGCAGAAGCAGCGGAAGCAGCAGCAAUGCCGAGGAGCCAGCGUGCAGCCCGUCUCCUCCAACCACCACCUCCUCCAGCAACACGCAAAGGCCGCCAGCCCCUCCGUCCCUGCAAAGCCUGGUAUGAGACCCCAACGCCUCGCUUGCCCCCUUGCCUCUUACAGGCACAACAGCCGGCCUGAAGCGGCAUCCAGCAGUCCGUUCUUGUUUCUUGCUGUUGUCAGAGCUGUUGACCAGAAGUGGAGGAAUGAUCGCUGGGUGUGGAGCACACUUCCGCCCGCGGGCAGCCUCAGCUGUCCGCACAUGUGACCUUGGGGUGCAGAGCACACACACACACACCCCACAGACAAAGCCACAGCUGUCUGAGCAUCAUGCCCUCUAUCUAACCUUUGCUCUCUUAGUGGUCUGUCUGUGACCUUUGUCUCCUUCAUCAUACAUGGUUCAAGGGGAAACUGACGCAGUGGAAACAGGUGCCAAAAUAACUUUGUACCACCCCACGAUCUUGGGAUUGGAAGAUGUGUAAAGGUCACAGUCCAAAAUGUUUUUGCAUAUUGUGCCAAUAAAAGGAGCUUCCACAGAGCUAGCUGGCAGCUUGCUCCUGCGCAGUUCGCCUGCAUUACCAAGUCCCGCCUCAUGUUCUUCACUUCAGUGGCCCUCAGCAGAGAAAGGUCAUCCCAAGCCCCUCCAGUUGAAAUACUUUUUUUAGCUGUACAGGCAAUUCCCUGUUUGCAUGGAGGUUAUGUUCCGGGUCAGCCCGCUCCGCCUCCUUCUGGGGCUGAAGGCGGCCCACGUGUCAGCAGCUGCACGUGCCUUGGUCACACGCAAAAGGGUCAUUCCCUGCAGAUGCCAGCGGGAUGGAGCCCGUGACUUCCUGCCUGCUGCCAAGCAGGGGCUCAGCUGCAGGGCUCCUUCCUGUCUUCUUACAUCCCAGGAGCAACUCCUUUUGGGAUGGUUCCCACUGGGAUAUCCAUGCAGGGAAGAUGUUAGCUGGCAGCGGGGAGGGGUUGUGUGUGUAAACUGCUUAGAGGUUUUUCUGCAACCAAGCAGUAUGUAAAGGUAAAGGGACCCCUGACCAUUAGGUCCAGUCGUGUCCGACUCUGGGGUUACGGCACUCAUCUCGCUUUAUUGGCCGAGGGAGCCGGCCUACAGCUUCCGGGUCAAGUGGCCAGCAUGACUAAGCCGCUUCUGGCGAACCAGAGCAGCGCACGGAAAUGCCGUUUACCUUCCCGCUGGAGCAGUACCUAUUUAUCUACUUGCACUUUGAUGUGCUUUCGAACUGCUAGGUUGGCAGGAGCAGGGACCGAGCAACGGGAGCUCACCCUGUCGCAGGGAUUUGAACCGCUGACCUUCUGAUCGGCAAGUCCUAGGCUCUGUGGUUUAACCCACAGCACCACCCACGUCCCACUUAAGCAGUAUAUAGAUUUUGUUAAAUAAAUAAGUUUGGCUGUGUAGCCCAUGGCUAGAUCUCCAGCUCCACCUUCCCCGAUGUGAGCAACCUGGGGUUGUGUUCAGUCUGCUGUAUCUGCCACUGGUACUGUUUCUUUGCUGUAUCACUCAGGAUUAGGCCCCAUUAGGAGAGUUCAGGUGGACACCCUGUAGAGACAGGAGGCUCCCAGGAAUUAUGAAGGUGUGGUGCUGAUUAAGGUAUUUUAAUCGUUAAGGCCAGUUUGCGAUGUUUUUCGUAGUUGAUUUUGGACCAGUUCGUGUAACCUGGAUUGGAGAUGGUUGACAGUUUGAAAACUGAAACUUAAGAUCACUUGAUACUGAUCUUAAUUCUUUUUUUAAAAAACCAAAACAAUUUUUAUCAAAUAUUUUAUUGGUUUACAAAAGUACGUGCAUUGUUCCUUUUUUUAGGUUGUAAAGUCUUUUCUAUAGAUCAGUUACAAUUGAUAUGAGACAUUAAUGUUGUGUUCAGUGUAAGGUCGGGGAAGAAGAGAGGAGGGGUGCUGUGGUGAAACUUAUAUUCUCUUAUAUAGUGUCCAUGUGGGGUUUUGUGUCAGCAUCAACUUGGCCGCUUCUCUUUCUGUUCACUAAUUACAUUUCAUUGGUAGUGAGAGGGAUGGGGGGGCACGGUUGGUUGUCUGUAGCAGCUGCAUCUGUGAGGGGGGAUUGUUGGGUCAAGUAUGCUGUCGGUGGUUUCUUGUUGUUGUCUUGUUGGGCUGUGUAUGUGAUCAAGGGGAGCCACACCGGGUUGGAGGCGUCCUCUUUGUCCCUGGGUCAGUUUCAGUCUGUUGGUCAACUUUUCUAGUAAGCCUGAUUCCCAUCCAAUUUGGUCCCAGUGGUCUAGAUUCACUCCUGACAGGUCUCUUCAAGGUCUGGCUGUGAACCGAUCUUAAUUCUGAUGCGUUUUCUCUUUCCCCCUGCAGCUUGGGAAGGAAAGCAAUCUGAUGGACACUCAAGCAGCUCCCAGAACUCUACGUCCAGCUCGUCUCCCUCCGUUAAAACAGAGCCUUCCCUGCCAGUUCUGGGGAAGAAGCCCUUCCAGAGAUCGGAGAGGCUUCAUGCAAGUAAGACGAUACGAUACAAUAAUCUUUAUUGUCAUUGUUCCAUACAGAACAAUGAAAUUGGGAAAAAAUAUAUCCACAUAGGACAUUCAAAACCAACAAACCUGCUAUCCCAGCUAUUCCAACCUCAAGUUAAUGGUUUUUAGCUAAUGCGCCCUUGGAGAAGGAAAAAUGGGAUUUUGGGGCCCGUUUCAGACUGACUGCACAGUCAGAUUUUAGAAUGAGAAACCCAUUCCUUCAGUUAGCCCCCUAAAAACUCUGAUACCCCAUAAUUAAAUACAAUAUACUCCCGCAGAGACUACCUUACACUGCGUUUAAAACCAAAAUCGCAUUUGGAUAGAAACUGUUCCUCAGGCGGCUAGUCCUAGUCUUUAUAACCCUGGACCUCCUUCCAGCCACUGUUGCUGCUUCCUUUUUUUAAUGAAAAGGCCUUUCCUUGUCAGAGGGCAGUGAUGAGGUUUUGGGGAGGGGGCAUCAGGGGGCUCCCAGCUUUGAGAACAUAGGCUUGAUGAGCGGGAAGUUGGGGGGAGCAGGUUGACCAGUGUGUUGCUCCACCAAAUAUCUUCUGCCUGUCCCCCUCUGGAGCACACCCCACAUUCUCAGAGGGGCAGAUACCACAGCCAUUCCAUUUUUGUGCUGGGCAGGCUCAUGUGGGUAUUUCACGUUGUCAUGGUCCGGUUAACGGGCGAUCGAAGUCCCGGCAGGGGACGUCAGGACCGGGGGCAAGAUGGUGGGGUGGGAGCAGGAACUGGGGUCCAGAAGCCAGGAGUUAGAAAGCCAAGGGUCCGAGGGUCAGGAAGCAAGGAGUCACAAAGUCAAGGGUCUGAGGAUCAAGGAGCAAGGAGUCAAACGCAGCAAGGCAGGGAACGUGUUGCUGUGGCAAAGAGCUAAAGGGAAAUGCUGACCUUAUAUCCCUCCCAGCUCUUGCCACCAGGUGCUGUGAGUUACCAAUCGGCCUCACCUGUGUGGCCACACCUUGCCUCUCCAGAACAAACUUAGGAAGGCCCUGGUCCUGCAAAGUCCUACUGUCACAGGGCCUGGCUCCUGCACACACUCCUGACACACGUGCUCUGAAGGUGCAGUCUGCUCUACUGAAGGUGGAGAACAGACCCAGGUUAGCUCCUGAGUUUUGGACAAGGAAGAGGAGAGAACCCUCCUACCUUCUGAUGGUGGCAGCCUGGCAUUGCCAGGAAGAGGUCCUGCCAGAGGACACUGAGCCUUGAGGGGUCUUCCGAGCCCAGGCUUCGGGCUGCUGCUCUGCCCCCCGUCGAGCCCUGCUGUGGGGGAGGAGCUGCGUUCUGGCCUGCUGCUCCUCCCCUCCUCGCAGAUGACCAGGGCCCUCUGUGCCUCUUUGCCCAGGGCAGCUGAAGAGGACGAAAUGUGCCGAAAUCGACGUGGAGACGCCCGACUCCAUCCUGGUGAACACCAACCUGAGGGCGCUGAUCAAUAAGCACACCUUCUCUGUGCUACCGGCCGACUGUCAGCAGAGGCUGCUGCUGCUGCUCCCCGAGGUGGACAGGCAGGUAGGCCUUGUGGACUCAUAGAGUUGGGAGGGUCCCCCCAGUGGCCAUCUAGUCCAGCCCCCUGCAAUUCAGGAAUCGCACCUAAAGCAUCCCCAACGGAGGGCAUCCCUGUGGAGCUUUGGCGGUGGGGCAGGAGGGCAGCAGGGCAUGGGGCAGUGUGCGUGGUCUGCAUGGCUCAGGUGGUUGAGUUGCCCUGGACAGACUUGUGGUCCCCAACCUGGUUCUGUUUGUUCGGAACAUCAGCUGAGCAAACAGCCGCUUGGUUUGCACAAGCUGCAGCCUUGGUCCAGUAUAUCUGAAGGAGCGUCUCCACCCCCAUCAUUCUACCCGGACACUGAGGUCCAGCACUGAGGGCCUUCUGGCGGUUCCCUCACUGCGAGAAGCCAAGUUACAGGGAACCAGGCAGAGGGCCUUCUCGGUAGUGGCGCCUUCCCUGUGGAACACCCUCCCACCAGAUGUCAAAGAGAACAACAACUACCAGGCUUUUAGAAGACAUCUGAAGGCAGCCCUGUUUCGGGAAGCUUUUAAUGUUUGAUGUAUUAUAGUAUUUUAAUAUUCUUUUGGAAGCCGCCCAGAGUGGCUGGGGAAGCCCAGCCAGAUGGGCGGGGUAUAAAUAAUAAAUUAUUAUUAUUAUUAUUGUGUUCUGGGACAUCAGCGGGAGUUGAGCUGCUCUGCGGCUUCUCUGCUCAGUCAGAGCUGCGUGCGGAAAAACAGGAACCCCAAAAGGACCCAGACCCCACCCCCUGCAGCUCCUGCUGCUGCAGCACUGAUAUUUUUGGAAAGGAGAAUUAAAGACGCCGGUUUUGCCACAUGCUGACCUGCCUGCCUGCUGCUGUGUGCCCCGCCCCCUGGUGUUUUUCAUCUAUCAUCUAUCUAUCAUAUUUUUCCAUGUAUAAGACUAGAUUUUUCCCUUAAAAAUAAUGUCAAAAAUUAGGGAGCGUCUUAUACACGUAUACUUCUCCCCCCAUUUUCUUAAAUCUGAGUCCCCCAAAAUAGGGGGUGUCUUAUACAUGGGGGCGUCUUAUAGACAGAAAAAUACGGUGUGUGUGUUUUAUUAAAUUUUCUGUUUUACAAUUUAGAAGGCUCAUUUAAACAUCCUUAAAAUACCAAUUACAUCCCUUCUCUUUCCAUGGUUCAUUUUGCAUAUCAUAAAUCCCUGCAUAUUUUACAAAAAUUCAGUAUUCCAUUAUUACAUCCAUCAAAACUUACUCACACUGUUGAAUUUAUCUUAGAGCUGCCAACGUUUUCAGGUGUACACUGUUUCCCCCCAUAUAUUCAAUAAACAUUUCCCAAUCUUCUCUAAAUACAUGUUCUUCUUAUUCUAUAUGUUAAGUCUGCAAGCUGUGCAUAUUCUGUCAGCUUAAGUUGCCAUUCUUCUUUAGCUGGGACCUUGCUCAUUUUCCAUUUUUGGGCUAACGAAACAUGGGCCGCAGUAGCAGCAUACAUAAAUAACCUUUUUUAAUUAUCCCCAACAAAAAGGACUCUGUUCUUGUUAUUUUUUGAAAAGUACUUUUAAACAUUUUUUUCCAUUCAUUAUGGAUUCUUUCCCAAUACAGUGGACCCUCGGGUAACGUACCUCUCUGGAUACGUAAUCUUCGGGUUGCGAAAGCGGCAAACCUGGAAAUAUUUUUCCGGGUUUCGCCACAUGCACAGAAGUGAUCAGCAUGCCGCGUGCAUGCAUAGAAGCGCUCUAUGACAAAUCCGUAACCAGAGGCACCGCUUCUGCACAUAGCCAUAUUCAGAGGAUCCACUGUACUACUCUUUUACCCUUUUAUGGCCCAGUAUACCUGAAGGAGUGUCUCCACCCCCAUCGUUCUGCCCGGAUACUGAGGUCCAGCGCCGAGGGCCUUCUGGCGGUUCCCUCCCUGCGAGAAGUGAGGUUACAGGGAACCAGGCAGAGGGCCUUCUCAGUGGUGGCGCCUGCCCUGUGGAAUACCCUCCCACCAGAUGUCAUGGAGAUAAACAACUACCUGACAUUUAGAAGACAUCUGAAGGCAGCCCUGUUCAGGGAAGUUUUUAACGUGUGACAUUUUAAUGUAUUUUUAAUCUUUGUUGCAAGCUGCCCAGAGUGGCUGGGGAGACCCAGCCAGAUGGGCGGGGUACAAAUAAUAAAUUAUUAUUAUUAUUACAGGUCCACUUCCCCUGGUGUUUUUCAAGGACCUUUAGAAAGAUCGGCGCCUGCUACCCAGGGCAGGACAUGGGCUUAAUUCCUUAGUUCUAACCUUCCAAUUCUGCCUGAAAAACACAGUGCUCCCUUCUUCCCUUCAGGAAAAGCACCUUUGCAUUUAUGUGGUGUUCCUAAAGUCUUUUCCUAAAUGAGCAGGUCCCAAGCAGGUGGUCGUGGGAGGGGGCUGCAGGGGGAUUUGGGGGCAGGCAGAGAAGAAGCAUGCCUGGAGCUCCCCAGACCCAGAGUCCCUGCCCUCUAAUCCUGAGGCCAGUUUCUCUAUCGCUGCCUAGACGCUGCUUUGCCAACCUCCCGUCUCUGCUGGGAGACCUGGCAGAGGCGGUGUCGGGUCCUUGGCACCCCAUUAUUCUUCCUUUUCUCUUUCUCAGGUGGGACUGGAUGGCUUGCUGAAGCUUAGCAGCUCCGCCCUCAACAACGAGUUCUUCACCUCCGCUGCCCAAGGGUGGAAGGAGCGACUAUCGGAAGGUGAGGCCGCUGAGCCCUAAGUGAAUCAGAACAGCAGCAGCAGCCCCUCACCACCAAAGGGAAGCAUUUUUGGGGUGCGGAGAGGGAAGUUGUCCCGGCUGCUUUGGAGAAGGCUGCUUCGAACCCCUGAGCUCCUGCGCUUGGCUCAGCAGCUGCUGCGUUUGGUUGGGCAGGGGGGCAGGUGCUGGGCGGACGGGGCUGUCUCUCCCCUGCUGACCCCUUCCUCCCCUUGCCUUGCGCGUGUGGCAGGAGAAUUCACUCCGGAGAUCCAGCUGAGGCUUCGUCAGGAGCUGGAGAAAGAGAAGAAGGUGGAGUUGUGGAAGGAGCACUUCUUUGAGAGCUACUACGGCCAGAGGUGAGGAGGGCAUUGCCUUGCGCUGCACUGCGCUCCCUCUUCACUCAUGCUUAGCUCUUCAGGGGUUCUGGGCUUCCAAGCACACCAUCACAUAAAAGGAUUGUGUGUGUGUGUGUGUGUGUGUGUGUGGAGAGAGAGAGAGACAGCAUGUUGUGCCCAUCACUCAGAAGCAAAGCAUCUCCCUCUCCCUCCAUCCCAGUGUCUGAAAGGGCAGCAGAAAGAGAAUGAAAUGAGUGAAAGAAGCAAGGAGCUUCUCUCUUUUUUCUUCUGAAAACUGACCAUUUAUUUAUUUAUUUAGCGACUUUUUAAAAUUCACUUUCACUUUUAACAUUUGUUGUCAUACAUAAAUCAUAAUCAUUUUACAAAUAGGAUUCUCAGAAUCCUCGAACUCCCCCCCCAUCGUUUCCCCAGAUAUUCUUUUCAAACUGCGUCAUAUCAUAUUCUCCAUAUUUUCCUAAAUCUACAUUUUUAUCAUAGUUCUCGCUUCAUUGCAAGUGUUUUUAAAAUACUGUCAAUGUUUUCAAUUGUUUACAGUGUUCUUUCAAGUAACUUUUAAAAAAAUUCCCAUUCUUUAUUGUCCUCUUGAUCUCUGAUUUUUCCCGGUCGAUUUUGGCAGUUUGGCAUAGUCCAUCAUCUUUAUCAGCCUAGAAGCAAGGAGUUUCUCUUUUGAUGUUUCUGGUCAAGUGUGGGGCAGGGCAGGCCGCUACUGUCACGGGCAGCUGGCUGCCUACCAGGCUUGGGCAAUGUAUCGCCCUUCCAAAUGCCAGUGGUGUGAGAUUCUACUCCGCCAUCACCCUAUCAGAGGAGGAGUAGUAGUAGUAGUAAUAAUAAUAAUAAUAAUAAUAAAUAAUUUAUUAUUUAUACCCGCCCAUCUGGCUGGGUUUCACCAGCCACUCUGGGCGACUUCCAACAGAACACAAAAAUACAAUAACCUAUUAAACAUUAAAAGCUUCCCUAAACAGGGCUGCCUUCAGAUGUCUUCUAAAAGUCUGGUAGUUUUUCUUCUCUUUGACAUCUGGUGGGAGGGCGUUCCACAGGGUGGACGCCACCACCAAGAAGGCCCUCUGCCUGGUUCCCUGUAACCUCACUUCUCGCAAUGAGGGAACUGCCAGAAGACCCUCAGAGCUGGACCUCAGUGUCCGGGUAGAACGAUGGGGGUGGAGACGCUCCUUCAGGUAUACUGGACCGAGGCCAUUUAGGGCUUUCAAGGUCAGCACCAACACUUUGAAUUGUAACUGGGAUUCAGGUUGUUCCCUCUCCCUCCUCACAUCCAGCUAGCCAUCUUACAUUUCCCUCCCAAAACUGGGCCCCUCUGGGACUGUGUGGUUUUGAGUACAAGGGGGAGCUGACCUCUGCUCCGUGGUGCUGUGGGGAGAGAGCCCCCCAGGGCGUCUCACUGGUGCCUCUCCUUUCUCUCCCUGCCUCUCCUUCCAGCUCUGGGCUGAGUCUCGAAGAGUCGGCACAGCUGACCUCCACUGCCCCACCUGCUGCUCAGGAGGACCAGUCGCAGGCCGAGAACCCAGCCACGCAGUCGCCACAAUUCAUGCCGGUCUCCUUGGCCACGCCUUGCAAAGAAGAGGCUGCUCCUGUGGCAACUCCAAAGGCGCAGGAUGCCCUGGUGGUGCCACCACUGCCAGGAGCCGCCAGCAAAGAGGCGACAGAGGAGGAGAAGCCGCCACGGGCUUCCACGCCACCGGAGGAGCUUGUGAAGUCGUCCUCGUCCUCCAGCAACACGCCCAUCAGCCAGGCUCCCCGCAGGCCUUCCAGGGGGGCGGAGGAAGAGGCUGUGGCUGGACGAGAAGAGGAGGCAGGAGAAGCCAAGAGGCCCCACCUGCCCUGCCCGGAGUCCCUUCCGGGGAAGGGAAGCGCAAGCAAACCAAAGAUCCCAACCAGCACCGCCACUGCUGCCGCUUCCGCCACCUCCAGCGCCAGCCCGGAAGGAGAGUCUCGGGCGACGCCUGCCAAGGAUGCCCUUCCUGCCAGCGCGGAACAGAUGGACACCGGAGCGCAGGCUCUGAAGAGGAAGCCCGGGCCCCCUGAGGAGGCGGCCUUGUCCACACCAGAGAAGCGGGCCCACGUUGAGGAGAAGUGCCCCCCCAGGCCGCCCUUUCAGAGCCCGCCGCAGCCCUUUCCCAUCGCUCCUGUUCCCAAGGUCCCCCCACUCCGGGUAAGAGAGCUCUCUGCCUCGUGUUGGUUAUGGGCUCUAGAGGGGGGGCGGGGGCCCUGCGUCUGCCUGGGCUGCUCUCUUCCUCCUCCACGGCGAGAGAGAACUGCGCGCCCUCUUGAGCACCCAGGAGGAAAAGGUGGGGUGCAAACGCAGGAAGCCAACAAACACCCCUCACAGCAGGGGGAUGGGGUGGGGCGGGCGCAGGCUGGGCAUAUCUCGACUCUUGGGAAGUUGGCUGGCAGCUGCAGGGUCUGCUUGCACGUCACCCCAAGCUUAGCCUUGGCAAAUCCAUUUAAGGAAGACUCUCAUGAGGCCACAGAGAGUUUGGAACCAGCCUGGUUGCCAGCACUGGCUUCAGAGUGCCAGAGGGGGAGGGACCUGCUACCCAUCGUGACAGGCACCAUAAAGUGUCACUCAGCGGUAGGGAAACCUUGUUGGUUUUAGGGCCAGGUCCUUAUAAGGAUCUGCCUCAUGGCCCAGGUGGGCAGGUGGGUGGGGCGUCCACCCACAUAAAUGAUGUCAGGGUUGUUGUUUUUUGUCCUUUGACGUCCCAAAGUUGGGACGUCAAAGCACAUAGAAACCAUAGAAUUGUAGAGUUGGAAGGGACCCAGAGGAUCAUCUAGUUCCAGAUAGCGAGCUGCUGCUAUGAACAAGCAUUUUUCCACUUCUUUCAGCAGCUGCUUUGCAGCAGACCCCCUCUGAAUAGCGUCUGCUGCAUGCAUUGAAAACACAGCAAAGCUGAGCAGGUUUGGGUGUGCGAGAGCUUCCUUCAGGGCGAUCUCUUGCGCGCCCAGACCAAGCAGGGCUGCCCUCCCUUAUCACCUGGUGAUUGGAUGCUGUGACCAAGCCCUGCCCUUUCCUGUGGACAUCAGGAGGGUGGGGGGUGAGUUGGCAAAAAAAGUGGCCAAAUGCGGAAGUUGAGCAGGCCAAGAUUGGCCCAUGAGCUGGAGGUUGAAGUCUCACGUGGGAUCUUGCCUGCUGGAGCUCGUUGACGGCGCUGCUCUCGCUUCUCGGGAAACAAAUCCUUCCUUGGCACGGGGACUGGCCGGCUCAGAGGUGCCGCUUUGCCAGGGAUCCUCCCGCCAGCUCACCUGCCUUUCUUCUCUCUUCCAGAUCCCCGUCUCCAGGAUCCAGGGCUCUCCCUCGCCAUUUCCUGCCACCAGCCAGGUCUCUCCCAGGCCCGGCUUCCCAGUCACCAUCACCAGUCCCCGGAGGACAGGGGCCAGGACUCUGGCGGAUAUCAAAGCCCGCGCCAGGAUGGCCAGGGCCCAGCGGGCAGCAGCCGCCGCGGCCGCUGCCGCCUCCGGCGCUGCUCCUCCUGCGUCCUUUGUGGGAGCCAUCCCGGGGCCCGGCCCCGGCGGGGGGAGAGGAGAGGAGCAGAGCAGCGUCGCACCAGGGAGGCCUCAUGGAGCUGCGCUGGACCUGGCAGGCCCUGGAGGCGGGGGAGGUCCACGAAGGGCCCCUGGCCCGGGAGCCCCCUCCGCCUGCCCCCCAGCGCCACCCCCCGCGGCGCCCCAGCCAGCACCCUCUGUCGGUCCUGCAAGAGCACAGCUACAGCCGGCUCCCCCAGGGCGGCCCCCAGGAGCGGGCCCCGGGGCGGAGACCCCGCCAGCCCCCCAGGCAGAGAUAGGCAGCGCCAGCCACUUGCACUUGGCCGCCUCUGCCAGCUGGGGGGUCCCUUCGGGCUCAAGCGCCAGGCCGCCUGCAGGGAUGGGUGGCCCUGGGAACGCCUCUCCCACAAUCAUCCUGAUUUCCGGGGCGACUUGUGGCCCCGAAGGCCCCAGCCCAGCCAGUCAAAGUGGGGCUGAAGCGGCUCCGGCUGCCGGUGCCACGGCUCCAGGGGGGAAAUCCCUCUCUUCAGCUCAGGCACCCCCUGGGCUCUUCCGGGCGCCCCCGUCUCCUGCCGCUCAGGCCGGCCCACUGGCACCGCCGGCUGCGUCAUCCCCUGCCGUCGCCCACAGCCUUAAAGCCCCCCCUGGCCCCUCGAGCGGAAGCGCCGUUGCCACCCCGUUCCUCAAGGCCAGCUCCAGCAUCCCAGCCAACAACCCCCUGGUGGCCCAGCUGCUGCAGGGGAAGUCGGUGCCCAUGGAGCAGAUCCUGCCCAAGCCCCUGACCCGGGCCGGGGAGAUGAAGACCCUCCCUCUCCCCGCAAAGGAAGGCAGAGAGCUGCCAGCAGCUCCUCCGCAGAGGGAAGCUGGCGAGAGGCAGCCGCCUCCCCCAGCCGCCUCACCGCUGAGCGGGAAGCCAGACUCCAGCCAGGGCAGGCAGCUGCUGCUGCCGCCACCCCACGGCCCUGCCCCCUGCUCCUCCUUCCCAGGACGGGACUUGUGGGGCGUCAGUGCCGCCCCCUUCUCCAGCCAGGAAGCCCAGGAGCACCACCUCCUCCAGGCCCUGAUGCAGGCGGCUCCCAGGCAGGGCCCCCUGCCCACUUCCUCGCCCCCUCCCCAGCUCCCCCCCCUCCCCGCAGACUUCCCUGUGGAGAGCAGCAGCUCCCCCAGCCAGAGCUUCGUCCUGGGAUUCGCCGGCAGGAGGACGUCCAAGCCUGCCAUGUCGGGACAUUAUCUCCUGAACAUCUCCACCUACGGGCGCUGCCCCGAGAACCUCCGGAGGAGCCUGGCAGUGCCCCCGGAGAGCCGCCUGUGCCCCGAGGGGCCCAAGAUGGAGUUCAAGGAACGAGAGGCGGGGGCCGUAAGUGGCGGGGAGGACGGGCGAGAGACGGACGACACGGAGGACGAAGAGGCGUUUGUUGUGACGAAGGAGGAGCCCCUGCCUCACAAAGGGGCAGGAGGAGAGGGAGAGCCGGCGAGCCCCCCCAGAAGGAGCACCAAGAAGGGGGAGCUAGCAGAAGGCAGCCCGGCAGAGGCAGCCACCCGCACGCUCUCUGCAGGCUCAGAUUUUGCCCGGAGUGCCCUGGCGAGGGACUUCCUGCGGGCAGCCCAGGAGCAAGUGGCUCAGGCGGUGAGGGGGGAGAGGAAGCCCUGCAGCCUGGAGCUGCCUCCCUCGGCCGCGCAGGCGGAGCCCCUCCCUCCCCGGCCCCCGCUGCUACGCUCCCCCUCGCAGCAGCCCCCCCGCCUCUUUGGGGGUCCGGUCGGGGCGCCGCUCCUCGGCUCGGGCUACAGCGGCACCAUCAACGUCUCUGCGUCUCCCGACCUGCGCCAGGAGGCACUCUUGACCGGGCUGUCGGACCCCGGGCGCAUGGGGGACGUGGUCUCCUUCUCGGUGACAGUGACGACCAUCCCCGCCGGGCAGCAGGGGCCCGCGGGCCGAGGCCACCCUCUCCCGGGCCAGGCCUUCUCGGAGGACGGCCGCUUGGACCUGCCCUCCAAGUGCUACUGCCGCUUGAAAGCCAUGAUCGUCUGCAAGGGCUGCGGGGCCUUCUGCCACGACGACUGCAUCGGCCCCUCCAAACUCUGCGUCUCCUGCCUGGUGGUGCGGUAG